UGUAGGGAUUGCAAGGAAAAAGCAAAACUACAUGGUUUAGACCCUGUGUAGUUUUGUUUUUGGGUUAUUACGGGGCCCAACCGUUCUCACCUUGGAUUUUCUGGAAUCAUUUUGCAUAAGAGGAUUGUUGCUGAGGCGGUAGUCACCUGGGCACAGUCCCAUCAAGUGUAGGCAGCCUUGUGGUUCAAGGCGCCUUCUAUCAUGUCAACACAAGCUCCAACAUUUACACAGCCGCUUCAGAGCGUUGUGGCACUUGAGGGUAGUGCUGCAACGUUCGAGGCUCAAGUUAGUGGUAAUCCAGUUCCAGAGGUGAGCUGGUUUCGUGAUGGUCAGGUUCUUACUGCUGCCGCUCUGCCCGGCGCUCAGAUCUCGUUCAGCGAUGGCCGCGCUGUUCUGAUGAUCCCCGCCGUGACAGCCGCACACAGCGGAAGAUUUUCUGUCAGAGCCACCAAUGGCGCUGGACAAGCCACUAGCACAGCUGAACUGCUGGUUACAGCGGAAACUGCGCCACCAACCUUUAUUCAGAGACUACAGAGUGUGACCGUGAGACAAGGAAGCAAAGUGAGACUGGAUGUUCGAGUGACAGGAAUCCCUACACCUGUGGUGAAGUUCUACAGAGAGGGAGCUGAGAUUCAAAGCUCUGCUGACUUUCAGAUUGUUCAAGAAGGAGACCUUUACAGUUUGCUGAUCGCUGAAGCUUUCCCGGAAGAUUCAGGAACUUAUUCUGUCAAUGCAUCUAACAGCAGUGGACGUGCUAGCUCGACUGCCGAGCUUCUGGUUCAAGGUGAGGAGCUUGCAGUGCCUGCUAAGAAGACCAAGACUAUCGUGUCAGGCUCUCAGAUUUCACAGACUAGAGUUGAAAAGACAAUGGAGGCCUCUUUUGAGUCCACAGCCAUGAUGGAAAUGCAGAUAGAAGAUGGUGAUUUGGCUCACAAAGCACCUCCUCGUGUGCCACCAAAGCCGACACCAUCGGCGCCAAAGGUCACAGCUACUCGCCAUCAGUCCCCUUCCCCUGUGAGAUCUGUUAAAGCCCCCAGUCAGACACCUCACAGACCUGCUUCCCCUUCAAGACUGUCUGUGUCCCCAAUCAGACCAGUAAAGUCUCCAAUCACCACCAACAGACAAGUAUCACAGGGUGCUGAUGUUCUUCCUCCAUGGAAGCAGGAGGGUUAUGUGGGAGAGUCCAGUUAUACCAGCAUGACUACUGGCACCUCAUAUGUCCAGACCUCUUCUACAUUUUCCCACAAGGAGCAGCAAUGGGAAGGUUCUUUCACUUUGCAGCAACAAGCUGGCGGAGUCGCUGUUAAAGAGAUUGUUGAGACUGCAGCAAUCCCAUCCUACACAAAGGAGCAAGUGAUGCCACCAACUAUUGUGGCUGGAUUGAAGAACGUGACUGUCACUGAGGGAGAGUGUGUGACUUUGGAGUGCCAGAUUUCAGGUCACCCCACACCAGCCAUUAUGUGGUUAAGAGAGGAUUACAGAAUCGAGAACUCCAUUGAUUUUCAGAUCACUUAUGAAAGCAAUUUUGCCCAUUUGGUGAUCCGCGAGGCGUUUGCUGAAGAUAGUGGCCGCUUCACAUGCACUGCGACCAGUGAGGCUGGAACCAUCAGCACCUCCUGCUACCUGCUGGUCAAAGUUUCAGAAGACAUUGACAGCCGAGAGGAUUUUACUACGGUCUCUGAACAUGUUGAAAUGGCAGCUCAGGAAAGACAGUUUGAAGCCAGAGAGGAGACCAUGUCUGAAAUUAGUGCCGUCUCCGAGUCUGUGGAGGCUGGAGGAGGCGUUACCCCAUUCUUUGUGAAGAAACCCACAGUGCAGAAGCUUGUGGAGGGAGACAGUGUAGUCUUUGAGUGCCAGAUCGGAGGCAGCCCCAAGCCUCAUAUUUACUGGAAGAAGAGUGGGAUCCCACUCACCACUGGAUAUAGGUACAGAGUGGCCUACAAUAAAGACACCGGGGCCUGCAAGCUGGAGAUCUCUAUGACGUUCCCCGAUGAUGCUGGAGAGUACACCAUCUUUGUCAGGAACCCAAUUGGAGAGAUUUCUGCCUCAGCCUUUCUGCUGGAAGAAGAGGCAUAUGAGGCCUAUAUGAAGAAACAGGACGAGACUUAUAGGACAGAAGUCAUCACUACAGUAGAGGAGCCAAAAGUGGCAGAUGUACCUACUGUUAUUGAGAGUGUGACUGAGAAAGAGAUGAUCAUGCAGAGGAGGAUGGCUCAACAGUCCCAGAUGAUGCACUCCUUCAUCUCAGAGCAGGAGUUCCAAAUAUCUAACUUUGAGCAGAGAUGUAUUCAAGAAAUCGAAUUCCGUCUACUCAAGAUUACCUACCAGGAGUUGGUGACUGAGGAUGGAGAGCAGAUGGAUAUGAGCAUUUCUGAGCAUGAUCCUGUUUCACCAGUAUUUAAUACCCCAGUUAAAAGUUACAGACUCAGGGAGGGUAUGAGUGCAACUUUCCAUUGCAGGAUGACAGGAACCCCACUCCCUAAGAUUACCUGGUACAAAGAUGGCAAACGCAUUGCACAUGGAGGCCGCUAUCAGAUGGAGGUUCUGCAGGAUGGUAGAGCCAGUCUGCGUCUUCCUGUAGUGCUGCCAGAAGAUGAGGGUGUCUACACUGCUUUGGUCAGUAAUAUAAAGGGUAAUGCUGUCAGCUCUGGAAAACUCUCUGUUGAGCCAACUGGACCAGCACAGACACUUUAUCCUCAACCAGGAGCAGUUCAAAGAAUCCGGUCCACUUCACCACGUUCUACAAGUCGUUCACCUGGGCGCUCACCUGCUCGUAGACUUGAUGACACAGAUGAGGCCCAGCUGGAAAGACUGUACAAGCCUGUGUUUGUACAGAAGCCAUCAUCCUUCAAGUGCUCUGAGGGACAGACUGCACGAUUUGAUCUUAAAGUAGUAGGAAGACCUAUGCCUGACACCUACUGGUUCCACAACGGACAACAAGUGGUUAACGACUACACCCACAAGAUUGUGAUAAAGGAGGAUGGAACUCAGUCGAUGAUUGUGAUUCCUGCCAUGCCUCAUGAUUCUGGAGAGUGGACUGUUGUUGCUCAGAACAGAGCUGGAAAAACUUCUGUAUCCAUCACUCUUACAGUUGAAGCCAAGGAAAACUUGGUGAGACCCCAGUUUGUUGAGAAGCUAAGAAACAUCAGCGUUAAAGAGGGUACUUUGGUUGAGCUGGCUGUUAAAGCCAUUGGCAAUCCUAUUCCUGAUAUUGUCUGGCUGAAGAACAGUGACAUCAUCUCCCCGCACAAACACCCAAACAUCAAGGUUGAGGGUGGUAGAGGGGAGGCUUGUUUUAAGAUUCCCUCAAGCUCAGGAUCUGACAGCGCCUGGUACACAGCUACUGCCAUUAACAAAGCUGGCAGAGAUACCACUCGCUGCAGAGUCAAUGUGGAGGUGGACGCUGUCCAACCUCAGCCUGAGAAAAAGCUGGUCAUUCCCAAGGGAACUUACAAGGCCAAAGAAAUUGCUGCACCAGAGUUGGAGCCACUGCAUCUUCGCUACGGCCAGGAACAAUGGGAAGAGGGUGAUCUCUAUGACAAAGAGAAGCAACAGAAGCCACACUUCAAAAAGAAGCUGACCUCAGUUAGACUGAAGCGAUUUGGACCUGCACACUUUGAGUGUAGACUGACCCCUAUUGGUGACCCAACCAUGAUUGUUGAGUGGCUGCAUGACGGCAAGCCGCUUGCAGCUGCUAACAGACUCCGUAUGGUCAAUGAGUUUGGCUAUUGUAGUCUUGACUAUGAAGCUGCUUAUUCCAGGGACAGUGGUAUCAUCACUUGCAGAGCCACUAACAAGUUUGGUGUUGACCAGACCUCUGCAACGCUGAUUGUGAAGGACGAGAAGAGUCUGGUGGAGGAGAGCCAGUUGCCAGAAGGAAGGAGAGGACAAAGAAUCGAUGAAAUCGAACGCAUUGCUCAUGAGGGUGGCCCCUCAGGAGUCACCGGAGAUGAUGUUUUUGAGAAGACUAAACCAGAGAUUGUCCUGCUUCCAGAGCCAGUAAGAGUUAUGGAGGGAGAAACUGCUAAAUUCCGCACUAGGGUGACAGGCUACCCGACCCCAAAAGUCAACUGGUACCUCAAUGGACUUCUCAUCCGCAAGAGCAAAAGAUUCAGACUACAAUACGAUGGUAUCCACUAUUUGGAAAUCGUAGACACCAAGUCCUAUGAUUCGGGAGAUGUUAAAGUUGUGGCUGAAAACCCUGAAGGUGCAGUUGAAUAUGUUGUCAAAUUUGAGAUUCAGCAGAGGGAGGACUUCAGGUCAAUCUUGCGCCGUGCUCCUGAGAACAAAACUCCUGCACCUGCACCGACACAAGAGCAUGGCAGAGUCUCCUUUGAGGUUGUCAAAGCUGAGAAGUCAUCCGAACCCUCCAAAGAACCCAAGGAAGUGGUUAAGCUGAGGAAAACUGAGAGAGUGAUCCAUGAGAAACUAACAGAAGAGACAGAGGAACUAAGAAGCAAGUUUAAACGUAGGACCCAGGAAGGCUACUAUGAAGCAAUAACUGCAGUUGAGCUCAAGUCUCGCAAGAAGGACGAGUCUUAUGAGGGUAUGCUGAAGAAGACAAAAGAAGAACUUCUUCAUCGUAACAAAGAACUGGGGCCUGAUGCUGAAAUUACUAAAGAGGAGGAACAGAAACUCACCAUCCCCAAAUUCAAACCAGAGAGAAUUGUGCUUUCUCCAAGCAUGGAGGCUCCAAAGAUCACUGAAAGGAUCCAGAGCCAGACAGUUUGCCUGGGAGAUGAAGUACACUUCUGUUGUAGAAUCACCGGUAAACCAGAUCCAGAGUGUCAGUGGUUCAAGAAUGGUAUCAUACUGGAGAAAACAGACCGGAUUUACUGGUUCUGGCCAGAGGACCAAGUUUGUGAAUUAGUGAUCUUGAAUGUCUCAGCUGAGGACUCUGCAAGUGUAAUGGUCAAAGCCAUGAAUGUUGCUGGCGAGACCUCAAGCCAUGCCUUCUUGCUGGUUCAAGCCAAGCAAGUAGUGUCAUUCACAGAAGAACUAGAAGAUCAAAACGCCAAAGAGAAGGACACCAUGGUGACCUUUGAAUGCGAGACAAAUGAGCCAUUCAUCAAGGUCAAAUGGCUUAAAAACAAUGCAGAAAUUUUCUCUGGUGACAAAUACAGAAUGCACUCUGACAGAAAGGUGCAUUUCCUAUCUGUGCUGGUGAUUGAAAUGAAGGAUGAAGCAGAGUACAGUUGUGUUGUUAUUGACGAUGACCAAAUAAGAACUACUGCCACACUUUACGUUGAAGGUGCACCACUUGAAAUUUUAAAGAACCUUGAGAAUACAGAAGUCCCUGAGACAUACUCCGGAGAGUUUGAAUGCGCUUUAUCCCGUGAGGAUGCUGAAGGCACCUGGUAUUUUGAGAACAAAGAAAUUACUCCUAGUCUCAAAUACGUUGUGUCCGCACGUCGCGGUCGCCACAGUCUUUCUGUCAAAGAUGUUAAGAAGGAGGACCAAGGAAAAUACACCUUCAAAGUGGGAGAUCUUAAGACAAGUGCCUCCCUUAAGAUGAAAUUGCGCCCUGUUACUUUGAUGCAAGGUCUUUCUGACCUGACGAUCUGUGAGGGUGAUAUUGCCCAGCUUGAGGUGAGAUUCUCUCAGGAAAAUGUGGAAGGCUCAUGGAUGAAAAAUGGUCAGGACAUCUCUGCUUCCAGUAAGAUUCACAUGGUCAUCGACAAAGUCACCCAUAAGCUUCUCAUUGAAGAUGCCAGCAAGGAUGAUGCUGGGAUCUACUCAUUUGUCGUUCCUGCUCAGGACAUUUCUACAUCUGGAAAAUUGACAAUUCAGACCAUCGGCUUCUUGGCACCACUUAAGGAUGUGUCCACGGUGGAAGGAACUAAAGCUGUCCUUGAGGCUAAAAUCUCUGCCCCUGAUAUAAGUUCAAUAAAAUGGUACCACAAUGACAAGCUAUUGACAGCAAGUGAUAGAGUCCAGAUGGUUGUCAAAGGAUCUAAACAGAGACUGGCCAUAAGCAGGACCUAUGCUUCAGAUGAAGGACAAUAUAAACUGAUCGUUGGCAAAGUGGACUCAACUUGUACACUUUCUGUCCAGAAAAUCAGUAUUGUUAAGCACAUGGAGGACUGUGUUUGCACUGAGACUCAGAAUGUCACCUUCGAGGCAGAGGUAUCCCACCCUGGCAUUGAUGCUCUUUGGACUUUCAAGAAUCAACCUUUAAAAUCAGGGGCAAAGUACAAGAUCCAGUCCAAAGGUACACACCACAGCCUCACUGUUUUGAACGCCAUGAAGGACGAGGAGGGAGAGUACGUCUUUAUGGCUGGUGAGAAGGAAUCCAGAGCAAAGCUUAUCGUAUCAGGUGGUGCUAUAAACAGGCCACUUCAUGAUGUAACUGUAGCAGAAUCCCAGACUGCAGAGCUGGAGUGUGAAGUUGCUAAUCCUAAUACAGAAGGCAAAUGGCUUAAAGAUGGCCAUCCUGUUGACUUCAGUGAUAAUGUCAGGAGUGAAAGUGAUGGUGCUGUCAGACGCCUAGUCAUCGUCAUCACUAGACCACAGGAUGUUGGAGAGUACACAUACCAGGUGGCAAACUCCAAGACAUCCGCUAACUUGAAAGUUGAAGCUGUUAAAAUCAAGAAGACAAUGAAGAACCAAACCGUUACUGAGACCCAGGAGGCAGUGUUCAGUCUUGAACUCACCCAUUUAGAUGUCAAAGGAUCCCAGUGGAUCAAGAAUGGAAUUGAAAUUGUUCCCAGUGAUAAAUAUGAGAUAACAGUGGAAGGCAUGAUGCACACCCUGAAGAUCAAGAACUGCAACACCCAAGAUGAAUCAGUCUAUGGAUUCAAACUUGGAAAGCUCUCCCCUAAUGCGAGACUGAAUGUUGAAACUAUCAAAAUUGUGAAAAAACCUAAGGAUGCAACAUCACUGUUGGGUGCCACAGCCUCUUUUGAGCUGAGCUUAUCCCAUGAUGACAUUCCGGUCCAGUGGAUGUUCAAUAAUCAGGAGCUCAAGCCAAGUUCAAACAUCCAAAUACUGUCUGAGAGGAAGGCCCACAAACUUGUCAUUCAGAGUGUUGAAGACCAUAUGGCAGGAGAAUUUGUUGCCAUGUUCGGACAUUUGCAGUGCAGUGCGCAUCUUCACGUUGAAUCUUUGAGGGUCACGAAACCACUGAAGAACAUUGAGGUUCCAGAGACCCACGUGGCCACAUUUGAGUGUGAGGUUUCACAUUUUAAUGUUCCAUCAGUCUGGAUGAAGAAUGGGAAAGAGAUUGAGAUGAGCGAGAAGUUUGGAAUUGUGGUGCAGGGCAAACUGCAUCAGUUGAAGGUUAUGAACAGCAAUCAAAAGGACGUUGCAGAAUACACAUUUGUGUGUGGAAAUGACCUUGUCUCUGCUACCCUGACUGUUAACACAAUUAUCGUCACAUCCGAGCUUCAGGAUCUAAAUGCCAAAGAAAAAGACACUGUUACGUUUGAGGUGACUGUCAACUAUGAAAGCAUCACCUACAAAUGGCUAAAAAAUGGAGUUGAAAUCCGUUCCAGCGAUAGAUGCCAAACUCGCUGCAAACAACUCACGCACACUCUCACAAUUCGCAACGUUCACUUUGGGGAUGUUGGGGAGUACAAGUUUGUUGCAGGAUCUGCCGAAACAUCAGCAAACCUCUUUGUUGACGCUCGUGUAAUUGAAUUCACCAAGCACAUUAAAGACAUCAAGGUAACCGAGAAGAAGAAGGCUAUCUUUGAAUGCGAGCUCUCUGAGCCAAAUGUCCAAGUGAUGUGGAUGAAGGAUGGCCAGGAACUUGAAAUGUCUGACAGGUUCAAGACCUCCACUGACAAAACCAUACAGCGACUGAUGAUUCAGACAAUACGCAUAUCUGAUGCCGGCGAGUAUUCUGUGGUUGCCGGUGGAAGUGUUUCAAAGGCAACACUCACAGUGGAGGGCAAGGAUGUUCAGAUCUCUGAACCUGCUGAGAAGGACAUUACUGUGGUUGAAAAACAAAGAGCUACAUUUGAGUUUGAAGUAAAUGAGGAUGAGAUUGAAGCCCGCUGGAUGAAAAAUGGUGUUGAAAUUGAGUCUUUUGAGGAGAGAUUCAGCUAUGUGACUGUUAGGAAAACACAUCGCUUGACAAUUACUGAAACCUACAGAAGCGAUGCUGGCGAAUAUACUUUUAUUGCGGGAAAGAACAGGAGCUCUGUCAAUCUACAUGUCAAGAUCCCUGAGCCUCCUCAGAUCAUCAGGCACAUGCAGCCUCUCUCUGUCGAGGCCGGAAAACCUGCACGUUUCUCCGUGGAGGUGACAGGAAUCCCUCAGCCUCAGGUAUCCUGGUACAAGAACUCUCAGGCCCUGUCCUCUGGGUUCAAGUGCAAGUUCCUGAGGGAAGGUGAUGAGCACAUAUUGUUGCUCAUCGAGGUCUUCCCAGAAGACGCAGCGCAGUACAACUGUGAAGCUAAGAAUGAUUAUGGAGUAGCCACAAGCUCUGCCACACUCAAUGUGGAAGUUUCAGAAGUGGUUUCUCCAGACACUGUAGGUCCAGCAUCUCCGCCAUUAAUCAUUACAUCACUUCAAGAUAAUUCUGUUGAAGAAGGAGAAUCAGCCAAAUUCCACUGCCGUGUCUCUGGAGAUGAUAUGAAGAUCACCUGGUACUUUAGGGAUAAAGAAAUAGUGCAGUCAGACAACUUCAGAAUGUCUCAGUUUGACGAUACCUGCCAGCUCGAGAUUUCCAGACCUUAUACUACCGAUGCAGGAGAAUAUACGUGUGUCGCACGCAAUACUGGAGGAAUGGUUUCUUGCUCUGGAGUUUUGACAGUCAAUGAUCUCAGUGUGAGAACAGUAGGUAGGCAAAGUGUUUCGAGCUCCGGAAUAACUCGUUCAGAGAUGUUCACCUCCCAGACCAUGAGCGAGAUUCAUUCUUCCACUAUGCAAACUUUCGAAAGUGUGUCUACGGUGAUGAUGUCCUCUACAUCUGUUAAAAGCAUAGAGGUCCAACAAGUGACCUCUGUGGAAGAAUAUUCGACGAGCCCUGUGUUGACCCUCAAAAUGAGUGACAUCAAUGUAAAUCUGGGCGACGUGGCUCAGUUCGACUGUUCCUUCAGCGGACAGCCGUUUACUCAAAUUGUAUGGAAUCAUAAUGGAAGGACAAUCGCAGAUACAGAAAGGGUGCAGUAUUUUAACGAAGGAGGGGUCAUAUCUCUCGUCAUACUCAAUGUCCAGCUUGGAGACCAGGGAAAUUACUGCUGUACUGUUAAAAAUAGAAAUGGCGAGAGUCAAACUUCCGCACGGCUCACAGUAGAAGCUAAAGAAGCAAAUCCCAACGAAACCCCCGUACCCUCCGAUUCUAUCAGUAAAUCUUCUAAAACUGAAAAUGAACAAAGUAAAAAGGCCUCUGAGCAGGAAAAGCAGGAGUCUUUACAGAAUGUUGGAGACCUGGCAUCAAAGUGGCAGAUAAGCCGACAUUACUUUCCUGAUGUUAUACCUUUGUUGGACCAUGACAUGUACGAUGCUAUUGAGCCAGAGUUCCUUCUGAAACUGUCCCCAGAAUUUCUUGCCAAACCAAAGAAGAGUGUUUUUCCUUGUUAUGUAAUCAAAGGAAGCCCCUCUCCAUUCAUUGUAUGGCUAUACAAGCAGUUGAUCAAUGAGGAGCCAAGGUCAUACUCCUUGAAACAUGAUGGGCCCUUGUGCUGCUUAAAUGUAAAGAAUGGUUCUGGGCAAGGGGGCACAAAUUCUUGCAAAGUUAUCAGUGCUGCAGGAGACAAAACAUGCAGCACUCAGACAGUGUCCAACGUGGAAGAAGAGCCCCGUAAUGAAGAGGAAAUUAAAGCAUUUUCUACAUCGACUAUAUCAACUGAGGAGGACUCUUACACAACAAGUCUUCUUUUACAAGAACAAAGCAAAACAUUUGAACUUCAGCCAGAGUCUAAAUUGUCAUUCGAGAAAAAGCAAGAAAAGCCAGUCUUUGUCACCAAAUUCUCUUCGGCAAUCGCAACUGUUGGUAACACUGCAAAAUUUACCGUGCUGGUGUCUGGAUUUCCCAAACCAGAUAUUCAUUGGUACCACGAUGGCCAGUUCAUAAAAUCCUCAUCUGUUUAUACAUUUAUCCAUGAGAAAGAAAAACAUACUCUUGUCAUAACCAAGGUUACAAAGGAGUUGGAGGGAGAGUAUUCUUGCACAGCCAGCAACCGAUUUGGAAAGUCAACGUGUACGUCCUAUCUUCAUGUAAAAGUGCAAGACACCAAAAAGCAAGAAGAAACUCUUGGGCAGCCUCCAUAUUUUAUCAAAGCAAUUGAAUCUGUGCGGUGUAAUGUUGGGGGUCAUGCUCUCUUUGAAUACACAGUUGCAGGGACCUCACUUCAUGAUGUUCAAUGGUACAAAGGUGUCAUUCAUAUGCAACCUAGUAAGUACUGUAUAAUUGUAAACAAUACAGAUGGCUCAGGCUAUUUAAAGAUAUUGGGUACUCAACAAAGCGACAGUGGCCUUUAUACUUGCAGGGCAUCUAAUCCCCUUGGAGAAACAUCCUGUAGUGCUGAUCUCAUUGUAUUAUUAGAGACAGUUUUACCAUCACUUCCCCAAGAGCAAACAACUACACAGAAGCAGAGAAAUUAUAAAGUUCUUAGUACGGAAGAAGCCACUGAAUCUCAUUUUUUAAGCGUGAGCCUCCCUGAACAAGUCAGAGCUAGUCUUAAAGAAGAACACCAGAUGAUUUACACCAUUGGUACCGAGGAUAGGCAAACUAUUACAAGUGAACAGACAGACGUCUUGCAUGCUUUAGAUGUAACUGCAGCCACAGCGCAUGUGGAGCAGAUAACACGGCAGGCUGCGUUGUUGCAAUCUCACUACGUACAGGAGGGAGUAACGGUUACCCCUGCCCAACCAAAGCCAGCGGUGGCAACUCCUCUAAAACAGCUCCACAUGGCUGCAAUGACCUCCGCUGUUCAAGAAAGCCAAGGCUUUACAGAGCAGCACUGCGAUCGUAUUUUAAGUCCAGAGGUGAAAGAGCUUGAGCCGAGUGUUCAGGCGUCUUCAAAACGCAUGUCUGCCGUUUCAGAGAGUCCUACACCAUUUACCAUAGUAAAAGCUGAGGCUAUUAAAAUGCAAACAGAGGAGAUGCAUAUAACAUCAGAGCCAAAGAUAGUUGUUAGCGGUGCUCAAGUUGAAACUAAAUUGCCAACUCUUAAAGAGGAAUACAGAAAAAUUCAAAGUCCUGAGGAGGAAAGAAGCUACAGGGUUACUGAAGGGGUUAAGUUACUAUAUUCCACAAUAUCAUCUGAGAAUGUAACACUUGCAGAGGCUCAUACUUCUGAGCUGUCAUCUGUAGAGUCCACUGAAUGUUUAGCAGAAAAGGAACAAUUCAAACCAGUGCUUACGUCUGUAAGUGAGACGAAGCACACGCUUUUAAAGGAGAACCCCUUUGAAAUCCCUAGACCAGUUGAGGAAAGUGCUCAGCUUUCUAAAGAUUCACUAGUAAAGUCAGCUCUGAUUUCUGAAGAAAAGAUCACGCUUCAAGCCGACCAAACCACUGGAAUACCAGUUAUAGAGGAUCCAAUUUCAGUCCAUUCACAGAAAGAAGAAAAUGAGGUGCUUCAUUUACAACUGAUCAGUGACCAACAUACUCUUCAAUUUGAGGGCAAAUUUACUAGCGAGAAACCAGAAAUAGAGAAAGUGGUUGAAAGUAAAAUCCUGCUUGUCUUGCAUGCAGUGGCCUCUGAAGAACAGAAAACUAUUUCUUGUGAACAGUUGUCGCAGUUUGCAUCCACAGAUAGUUCAGUGCUCUUAAAGCCUAAGAUAGAGCGUCCAACUGGACUACAUCUUUAUUCUGUACAGUCAGAAGCUACUUUACAUAAAGAAUGCUUACUUUCAGUUGAAAAGCAAGAAAGACAGACAGCCACCCAAAGACAAGAAAAAGCCCGGAGGUAUGUAGCUACCAAAGAAGAGAAAUUGGAACUUACUGCAGAUUAUGCCAAAGAUCUAGACGUGACAGUAGAAGGGUUCAAGGUUGAGCACAAAACAGAAUCUAGACCCUUAAACAUUCUUCAGGUAGUCUCGCAACCUGUGCCUCUUUCAAAAGAAAGCCCGAUAACCAGUGAUGUCAAACAGCAAUGUGCACUUGUACAGAAAGAGGAGUGCUGGGACAACAUGCAUGCAGCGUCUGUUUCUGAAUGUCAUUCUUUAGAGGAGGGUCUUGCAGACAGUUUCAAUGGAGUUGAAAAGUUUACUUGUGGAACAGGUGUAGAGCCUAGAGUACCAGUUCAGUCUUUUCACAUAGAGGAGAAAGACAUAUCAACAGAAAGUUGUGUUGCUCUUGAGGCCGCCCAGGAAGACUUUGCCGUUCGAAUUCAAGAGGGUCAGUCUGUAAGACAGGCCGUAAUAAUGGAGGAAAAACACACUAUGAUGGGUGAAAAGUCUCAGAGCAUUACCAGAUCAGAAGCUACACAAAUACACAUUACAACUCACCCAACAGAACCUGUUUCAAUAACUGAAUCGCAGGAAUGCAAGACUCUUCCAAAGGAACUCACCUUUGUUAUUCCUGCACCGAAAGUACACAGUUUGGACAUCAAACAACAGUUGAAAACCACACUUCAGUUUGCUGUGGCUCGUGAUCAACCGUUAAUUUUGGCAGAUGUAGUUGGAAGUUUAGAAGCUGUAGAAGUGAGGGAGGUCAAAGUGCGUCAGGAACCAAAGUAUGCAAUGUUCACAUAUUUAGUUACGUCAACAGGUCCAACCUUAGAAAUCACAAUUGCCUUUGAGGGAGAAUACCCUCAGGUGGCUGUUCUUAAAAAUGAGCUUCUUGCUGCCUUCUACUCUAUACUUCAUCAAGAGCAACCUAUCUUGAGUUCUGAACAGCCAGGCCCCAUGCCACUUGACCGACCUGGCCGAUUACAGGUUAGCAGAGCUUCUUCAGCUCCAUUGUUGUCUGCAGUUUCAACAGAAAAUGUAGAAGCGUUUGAAACACCUAAAAAGCAGUCUGCUGCUCUGCAAACAGAAGCCAAAGUCUCUUUCCAAACAACAGUAGCUAAAAAGCAAGCUGAUAUUCAGGAAUCAAAGCAUCUUGUGGCUCAGAAAGCUGUGGAAUCCAAAAUGGAGAUCCAAAGUUUUACAAAGACUGAAAGCAAAGAAAUUCAGUACAAGUCAGUCAAAUGUUAUGAUAGAGAUGUUGAGGGUAUUACAAUUGGGGCUUCUACCAGACAGGUUGUCGUCGAUCAGUCUAUGGAUAUCCACAUUCAAGCAGAUAAAAGACAGGAGUUUAUAACAGAGGAGAUUUUGGUAAAAGAAACAUCAGAGCAAAAGAAGACAAAAGAAGUCUUGUUUGAGAUGCCAUUAAAAGACGUUACUGUGGAGGAAAAUAACAAAGUUACAUUGUCUGUUAGAAUAAAGCAUGUUAAAAGUGUUAACUGGCUUCUUAAUAGAAUAUUGAUCAAAUCUGGCAAGGAGUUCAAAUGUUUGAAGGACAAUGACACAUACACACUAGUCAUCUACAAAGUUACCAAAGAGAAACAUGAUGGUGAAUAUACCUGCGAGGCUGUGAGUGAAGCUGGCAAGACGUCAUCGUCAUCAAGGCUCACUGUGGUCUCAAGAGUGCCUCCAGUUUUCAAGAGGAAGAUAAUCGACAUGGACAGCAACAUUGGCAGCCCAGUGAAGUUUGAGUGUGAGAUUGAAGACGCACCCAAUGUGACCUUCAAGUGGUUUAUGUCUGACUCAGAAAUCAAACAGGGUGACAAAUACAGGAUCAUCAGCAAGCUUAGCACCUCAUCCUUGGAGCUUCUGAACCCAACAAAGGCAGACGCUGGAGAAUACAGCUGCCAUGUCUCCAACAAGCACGGUAGUGACAGCUGCACUGCUAACCUGAAAAUCACUGAAUCCCACUCCAUCACAAAAGAAUUACCAAUGCUGGAUGUAGUGGAGACCUGUGCUUUAUUUGGAAGUGAGCUCAUUGGUACUGCCGCAUUUGAAAUGGACGUGUUGAAGAGUAAGAGAUUUGUCACUUCAGACAAAACGCAUAGUAUUUUUGAAGAUUUAAUUGAACAUUUGGACAAGCGUUCCUUUGAAAGUUCAGAUGUUGGCGAGUACCAAUAUUGCUUGUCAAACGAAGUUGGGAAAAUCGUCUCAAAAUCAGUUGGUAUGAUAAGAGAACCAGCCAGGUUUGAACAGAAGCUUAAAGAUAUAGAAAUUGCCAUGGACGAAAAGGUGAAGCUUGAGUGCACAUUUACUGGAGCUCCAAAACUCUUUUUCACCUGGUACAAGGAUGGCAAACAAGUCUAUGCCUCUUAUAGAUACAACACUAAAGUUGCUGGAAACACUUGUUCUUUGGAAUGUCUACAUGAUUGCAACCAAGACACUCCAGGCAAAUACUCUUGUGAGGUGUCCAACUCCUAUGGAACUGAUAUCUGUCAUGCCCAAGUAACCACAGUCUCCGAACGUAAAAUUCCACCAACCUUCACUAAGAAACCCUCAGAGCACGUUGAGGAUAGUGAAGGAAAAUCGGUGAAGCUUGAGGGUCGAGUGUCUGGGUCACAGCCUCUGUCCGUAAGCUGGUACAAAGAUAACAGUGAGAUCUUCACCUCUGACAUCUAUGACAUUUUCAUCAAGAGCAACAUGGCUGUGAUGUGCAUCAAGAAUGCCAAAGCCACAGAAAGCGGUAUUUACAUGUGCACUGCUUCUAAUGAAGCUGGCUCUGCCUCCUUCCAGGUGGAGGUUAAUAUCACAGAGCAAAAAAUGCUUCCAUCUUUUGACAUUCCCCUCAAACCCAUGACAAUCAAUGAGGAGGAAGGGCUAAUCCUUAGCUGCCAUGUCUGUGGCUCAUCUCCUCUGAAUAUUCAGUGGAUGAAGGACAGAAGGGAAGUCACAUCCUCUGCUAACACCAAGAUCACAUUUGUGGAUGGCACAGCCAACCUGGAGAUAAACAAGGCAUCCAAAACAGAUGCAGGAGACUAUCUGUGCAAGGCAACUAAUGACGCCGGAAGUGAAUUCACCAAAGCUAAAGUCACAAUCAAAGAAAAAUCUGGUGCUCCCCCAGUGCCAACAGCCCCCACAGAACCUCAUGCAGUUAAAAAACUGGACAACUUGUUCUUUAUUGAGGAGCCCAAGAGCUUUCAUAUCGUUGAGAAGGGCACAGCUACCUUCAUUGCUAAAGUUGGUGGGGAUCCCAUUCCCAACGUGAAAUGGAUGAAGGGCAAAUGGAGGCAGAUGACUCACGGUGGUCGCAUCCACAUUCAGCAAAAGGGCCAAGAGGCCAAGCUGGAGAUCAAAGAGGUGACCAAAUCUGACUCCGGUCAGUACAGAUGUGUUGCUUCAAACAAACAUGGAGAAAUUGAGUGCAGCACAGACUUGAAUGUUGAUGGGAAGAAAGAGGCUGGACCAGAGAUGGUCAAACUGAAGAAGACUCCAUCAAAGCAGAAAAGUCCAAAAGAGGACAAAGACAUUGACAUUGUUGAGUUGCUAAGAAAUGUAGACCCAAAAGAGUAUGAGAAAUACGCUCGCAUGUAUGGAAUCACAGAUUACAGAGGUAUCCUUCAAGCCAUUGAGAUACUGAAGAGGGAAAAAGAACAAGAAAGUGGAAGAACGGGAAGUGAAUUUGGGCGAGAAUAUGAUGAAGAUUUGGCAAAGCUUGUGUCUGAUUUGCAGAGCAGAAUGGAACACACUGAACCUGUGACUCUAGUUAAAGACAUCAAGGACCAGUCAACUCAAGUUAACAAAGAUGGAGUGUUUGAGUGUGAGAUUAAAAUCAACUAUCCAGAGAUUGCACUGUCUUGGUAUAAAGAUACAAAGAAGCUAGAAACUAGUGAUAAAUACAACGUUCAGAUUGUGGGUGAUCGUCACAUCUUGAAGAUCAAAAACUGUCAGAGCAGCGACCAGGGAAAUUAUCGGGUUGUUUGCGGGCCACAUAUAUCCAGUGCAAGAUUGACAGUAAUGGCCGAUCAAAUUCAGUUCACCAAGCGCAUUCAGAAUAUUGUGGUGAAUGAACGCCAGUCGGCCACUUUUGAGUGCGAGUUGGCUUUUGACAAUGCGGUCGUCACCUGGUAUAAAGACGCAUGGGAACUUAAAGAGAGCCCGAAAUAUACCUUCAGAUGUGAAGGACGAAGACACUUUAUGAUCAUCCGUAAUGUAACAUCUGAGGAUGAAGGCGUGUACUCUGUGAUUGCACGACUGGAGCCUGUCGGUGAAACUAAAAGUACAGCGGAGCUUUAUCUGUCAGGCAAAGAAAUUGAAUUAAGAACACGUUCCUUUGAUGUUCCAGAUACAUCAAUACACGUGCCUGAUGUGUCAUCUGUGAUCAGUUUUAAGGAUGAAACCUCUGAAUUUCAUUAUGAAGAAAAGUCUGAAGUGACAGAGUAUCAGAGCUGGACAGUCCAAGAGGAGAGUGUUACUUAUAAAUUCUCUUCACUGCAAGAGGUGAAGAAACCCAUUGAGGAGACCGUUACAAAGACUGUAGUGGAGAAAACGAAAGAGGUGCCAAUGAAAGUCCUUGAAGUUAUGAAGCAACCAGAAGAGACACCUGCUACGACCUUCGUACAGAUUACGCUGGUUCCUGAGAAAGAACCUGAAGUCAAGAAACCAGUUGAGGAGAAAGUGCCCUCUCUGAAAGUGACUGAACAAAAAGAACAACCCCCAGCCAAAGCAUCAGAGACUAAGCCUCAGGUGCCGGCAGAACCCAAAGAGACUCCAGUGGUUGUGGCUAAGCCUGAACCAAAACCUCAACCCAAGCCUGAGCCAAAAGUUAUUCCACAGCCUGAGUCGAAAGCUGCACAAAAACCUGAGCCCAAGCCUGAACCAAAAGUUCUGCCACAGCCUGAGACCAAGCCGGAGCCAAAAGCUACACCAAAGCAUGAGGCCAAACCCAACACUGAACUUAAGCCUGCAGUUACAAAGAAAGUUGAAGCACCCUCUGUUAAAGCUUCUUUGGAGAUGAAGGAAGCAAAUGCUACAAAAGUAAAUGUAGAUAGAAAACCGGAGCCUGCACUUGUUGCAUCUGUGCCACCAAAGACAGAGCCAUUGAGGAAAGAAGUCUCUGCGCCAAUACAAGAAAAAACUAAAGCCUUUUUCUCCAAGCCAUCAAGUGUAGAGCCAGCUAGUCAGCAAACUUACACUCCAGAGCCAGUUACUAAACCAGAAGUCACAUCGGCUCUACUGGAGAUUAUACAGGAACCCACAAGAAAGCCACCUUCCCAAGAGGUUUCCAAAGUUGAGUCUGACAGAAAAGUAGAGUCUUUGCCCAAACCUUCAGAGUCCCGAGAAGCAGAACAAGCUAAAAAGCAAGAGCCACCAAAGAUGAAACCAACCCCAAAACCUAGUGAACCUGCACCAUUUACUCACAAAAAGGAGGCUUAUUCAAAGAAAGUGGCUGAAGUAAAGCCUGCAGAAGUACCACCUGAGAAAAAACCAAUGGCUAAGCGGGAGACUGAGAUGCCCUCAGUCAAAGUCUUUUCAGCUUCGAAGAGAACUGAGCAAAUUCCCCUUACAGUGGAGGUUACCCAGGCAAUGCAAAAGAUUUGCAUGAUGGAAGAAAUAUGUUUGAGGGACGAAAUUGUGGAGAAGAGUAGUGGCAUUUCUCAUACACUUAAGGACGCUCAAGAAAUUGUGGGUCAUCACAUUAGAGAAUCAACUGCUGAAGAUAUGAAGAUAAUUGAAACAGAGGUCUCCCGGAAGCCAGAACAAACCCCAGCUAUAAAGAUGACUGAACUGAAACAGUCAAAAGAAGAAUUGCGCUUUGAGAGGAAAUUGCUGACAUCUUGUGUUGAAAAAAGAGAUGAACGGCCCACAGAAGAUGUGGUGGCACCUAACAGUGAGAUAUCUCUGGAAAGGCAAGAAAUUAUGCGAAAUGAAAAAUAUGCAAUCAAGUAUAAUUCCGCUCAGAAGACACAUGUCACUCCUGAAAAGGAGGUAACCAUGCAGAGGAAAAAAGAUGAGCUUGCUCACUCUCAGGAGUCUGUUCAAGAAAUCAAGAGAUCACAGACAGAACCUCCUCAGCUGAUAUCAGCUGAAAUUACACCAAUAGUUAAAGCAAAAGAUAUUGCAACUAAACUAGAGGAAGUGCAUGAAAAAGAACCAGAAUCAGUGAAGGAACCUGAACCCGUUGCAUCCAAGCCAACCAUGGCUCCAGUUGAACAGAAAAUACUGGCUCCUCCUAAAGAGCCCACUGUCAAAAAGAAACCAGUUCCUGAAGUACCAAAACCAACAGUGGCUCCAGUUGAAAAGAAAAUAUUGCAUUCUAAAGAGCCUACGGUUGAAAAGAAACCAGCUCCUGAAGCACCGAAACCAACUGUGACUCCAGUUGAACAGAAAAUAUUGCCUCCUUCCAAAGUGCCAGCUGUUGAAAAUAAACCAGUGCCUGAAGCACCAAAGCCGAACGUGGCUUCAGUUGAACAGAAAAUUGUACCUCGUUCAAAAGAGCCAACUGUUGAAAAGAAACCAGUGCCUGAAGCACCAAAACCAACUGUGGCUCCAGAUGAACAGAAAACAUUGUCUUCCAAAGAGCCCACCAUCGAAAAGAAACCAGUUCCAGAAGCAUCAAAACCAACUGUGACUUCAGUUGAAAAGAAAAUGUUGCCUCUUAAAGAGCCCAUUGUUGAAAAGAAACCUGAAGCGCCAAAACUAACUGUGGCUCCAGUUGAACAGAAAAUAUUGCCUCCUUCCAAAGAACCAGCUGUUGAAAAGAAGCCAGUUCCCGAAGCUCCAAAGCCAACUGUGGCUCUAGUUGAACAGAAAGUACUGCCUCCUUCUAAAGAGCCCACGGUUGAAAAGAAACCAUCUCCUGAGGCACCAAAGCCAACUGUGGCUCCAGUUGAACAGAAAAGUUUGCCUUCUAAAGAGCCAACUGUUGCAAAGACACCAUCUCCUGAAGCCCCAAAGCAAACAGCAGCGCCACUUGAACCUAAAAUCUCUCCUCCUACAGAUGCAGACAAAGGCCCCGUUGCUGCUCCUGGACCUGCUCCAAAAGAAACAACUAGCACCACACAAGCACUUCUUAAACAAAAGAGUAAAAUUCUCUUGAAGGAAGAGGAAAGAAUGGAAACACAGGCCACGAAGAAAGUGACUAGAAAAUCAAAAGAGCAUGAGGAAGAACAUGAAGUUAUAUCACUUAAGAAAGUUAGCAAGAUUGAGCGAGAGGAAUCACCAAUGGGAGCAGGACCUCUUCUCCGUAAAACUGAGAAAGCUGAAAUUGUUGGAGAAGAGAUGGUGUUUUCAAAGGCUGUCACUGAAGUUAAGAUCACCAGCAGUUGUGAAGUCACUGAAGAUACUUGGUACUAUGAAACGGCUACAAUAAAAGAGAGAACAUAUGAAGAGGAAGGAGAAAAGACAGAAGUGUAUGAAGCGAAAGGUAAAGCAGAGAUUGUUUCUGAGGUAGACGGGAGAGAGAAAGGAACUAUGGUCUCAUUGAAAAAGGAACAUAAGGUGGAUGCAGUGGCUAAGGAUGAAAUCUCAAAAGAGCCUAAGAAAUUUAUAAAGAAAUCUGGUAAAAUUACACCACAGGCAGAUGAGUCAGAAAAUGUUCAACUGAAACCAUUUUCCAAAGCUCAUGUAUCUGCUGAAAAGAUUCCUCGAGAACAAACAAAGAAGCCUGAAGACAUUAAGCGUCUAGAAAUGUCUGGUAUCCCAAAGGACACUGACAUCCAGGUGAAGAGACCAGAACAAACUCAGAAAGCAUCUAAAGAACCUGAACAUGUUGAGAAGCCAGAUGUCCCCAUGAAGACUGUAACUAGCACAGCAAAGACAACAGAAGACACACCAAAGGAAGAAGAGAAGGCACCAAUUAAAAAACGUGGAAUUAUUCCAAAGGAAGAUUCAAAAAAAGAGGAGGUUGCGUUAAAACCUGUAGAAGCUAAGAAAACUCCUUCACCAAAGGUAGAUAAACCCAGUCUUCUAUUGACUAAAACAAGUCUGAAAGAAGAGAAGCCAGCAAUCUCCAAAAAGAUUGCCUCUCCUCCAAAGAAAAUGGAGAAAGAAGAAAUAUCGCUAGAACCUGGAGAGCUGAAAAAGGCUCUUUCUCCAAAAGCUGACAUUUCCAAACCUAAACCAACUGAGUCCAUUCCAAUGGAAAGAAAGCCUAGUGCCAAAUUACCCAAAAAGCUUUCCCCCAAGGAUUCAAUUGAGUCUGUUACUCUGAAAAAGGUCCAAAAGAAAAUCUCACCCAAAGAAGAAACAACUACUCAGAAAAGUGAAGAAAUAAGAGAGGUGAUGAAAGAGAUGUCCCCUAGUGCUCUGCAUUUACAAAAGAUUCCCACACAGCAAGAGGUUGAAGUAUCUGAGCGUGAGGAAGAAGUGAAACAUGAGGAUGAAGAAGAAGAAACUUGGGGAUGGGAACUUACUCCUCGGGACAGCUAUGGGUCCGAGAACUUUGAUGACCUCUUGGAAGAUGGGGCUGUUGAAACCCCAGGAAUGGGUGACAAAAGAGAUGGAAAACCUAAGGACGAGCCAGCUGCAGGAAGAGGCAGAGGACUAAAACCAAGACAAACUCCUUCUCCUGGUGAUGGCGGAAGGGGUAGAGGACUCAAACCUGGUGGUGGAGGUGACAAACCUCCAGGUGAAUCGCCUUUUGGGUUCCAGCUCAAAGCCGUACCUCUGAAGUUUGUGAAGGAGCUCCAGAACAUUGUGUUGCAGGAGGCUGAGUCCAUUGGGUCCUCGGCUGUAUUCGAGUGCCAGAUCUCUCCAUCUACUGCUGUCACCACCUGGAUGAAAGAUGGAAGUAAUCUAAGGGAGAGUCCAAAACACAAAUUUACCUCUGAUGGCAAAGACCGCAAACUGCAAAUCAUUGAUGUACAGCUUUCUGACACUGGAGAGUACACUUGUGUUGCAAAACUUGGCAACAAGGAGAAGACCUCAACAGCUAAACUUAUUGUCGAAGAAUUGCCUGUGAAAUUCACAAAGAAUCUGGAAGAAGAGACAUCUGUGAUCAAGGGCCAGCCAAUGUACCUGACCUGUGAGUUGAACAAGGACAGGGAAGUGGUCUGGAAGAAGAAUGGAAAAGAGAUCAAAUCAAUCCCAGGCAAAAUGACGAUAAAUGUUAUUGGCCUGCAGCAGGCCAUCACAAUCCAGGACUCAAAUGAUGAUGAUGCCGGUGUUUACACAUGCGAGUGUGAAAACAUAAAAACUCAAACCAAUGUCAAGAUUAUUGAAAUCGUUAGAGACUGGUUGGUCAAACCUUUGAGGGAUCAGCAUGUCAAACCCAAGGCCUCAGCUACAUUUAAGGGUGAGCUCUUUAAGGACACUCCCAACUGGAAGUGGUUCAAAGGUGAUGAGGAAAUUCCCAUCCCUGACCCUACGGGCAAGGCCGAAGUGAAGAAGGAAGGCAAAGAAAUCACUCUUACAAUCAAGAAUGCCCAGCCUGAAGAUAUUGCCGAGUACUCUGUGGAGGUCGAAGCCCGCAGAUAUGCAGCAAAACUGACACUUGGAGAACGUGAAGCAGAGAUCUUGAAGCCUCUUGCUAGCGUGGAGGUGGUUGAGAAAAUGGAGGCCAACUUUGAGACAGAAAUUUCAGAGGAUGAUGUGGUUGGAGAAUGGAAACUUCAGGGACAGGUUCUAACAAGAUCCCCGACAUGUGACAUCAGAUCUGAGAGAACAAAACGAUUCCUUACUAUCAAAAAUGUGCAGCUUGACCAGGCUGGUGAAGUUACAUACCAAGCUCUGAACGCUGUGACAAGUGCUAUGCUCACAGUGAAAGAGAUUGAAAUGGACUUCACAGUCCCAUUGAAGGACGUUUCAGUGCAUGAAAAGAAACAGGCAAAGUUUGAGUGCUCCAUCACUAAGGAUGUGCCUAAAGUGAUUUGGUUUAAGGGUUCUGAUAUCGUUACACAAGGAUAUAAAUACGAAAUCAUUGAUGACGGAAAGAAACACAUACUGAUAAUAAAUAACUGUGAAUUUGAGGAUGAGGGAAAAUACAGUAUUGAAGUCUUGGGAAAAACGUCAAAAGCAAAUCUGAUGGUAGAGGGUAUGAGGCUGAACUUCAUCUCAGUAUUAAAGGACCAAACUGUGAAGGAAGGUCAAACCGCUCUAUUUGACCUUGAGCUUUCUCAUGAGAACGUAGAUGUCACAUGGUAUAAAAAUGAAAUAAAAGUGCAUCCGAGCAGAACCGUGUUCACCAGCAUGGUGGGAAAGAAACAUACGUUAGAAAUUAAGGAUGUAACUCUAGAUGAUACUUGCCAAAUUAAAGCUGAGGCUAAAGGAAUAUCCACAACGGCUAAGCUGAUGGUCGUAGAGGGUGAUGCAUACUUCGUCAUCAAACUGCAAGAUUACACCGCAGUUGAGAAAGACGAGGUCACGCUCGACUGCGAACUGAGCAGAGAUGUUCCUGUGAAAUGGUUCCACAAUGAAAUUGAAAUUAAAUCCUCCAAGAUGGUCACUAUAAAGACUGAGGGCAAACGAAGAAUACUCAGUAUUAAGAAAAUAGAAGCAAAAGACAAAGGAUUGUAUGUUUGUGACUGUGGAAUAAACAAGACUACUUCAAACAUGAACAUUGAAGCUCGUGACAUCAAAGUGGUGCGUCCCAUGUACGGCGUUGAGCUCUUUGAUGGUGAGACUGCUCGUUUUGAAGUGGAAAUCUCUGAAGAUGAUGUUCAUGGCCAAUGGAAACUGAAGGAUGAAGUCCUGUCUCCUUCACCUGACAUUGAGAUCAUUGAAGAUGGUGCAAAACACACAUUGACACUCUACAACUGCAAAGUUUCCCAAACAGGAGAGGUUGUCUUCCAAGGAGCAAAUGCUAAGUGUACUGCCAAUCUUCAAGUCAAAGAGUUGCCUAUCACUUUUGUUGCACCCAUGAGCGACGUGCACAUCUUCGAGAAAGAUGAGGCAAGAUUUGAAAUCGAGUUGUCGAGAGUGGCAAAGUCCUUCCGCUGGCUGAAGGGAUCUCAGGAGUUGCAGACUGAUGAGAAAUUUGAAAUCUUGACGGAAGGAAUAAGACACACUCUGGUGAUCAGAUCUGCAGCCUAUGAGGAUGAGGCAAAGUACAUUUUUGAGGCUGAGGACAAAAGAGCAUCCAGCAAACUUGUUAUUCAGGGCAUCCGUCUUGAGUUUGUGAGACCUAUCAAAGACGUCACAGUUAAAGAGCGUGAGACAGCCGAGUUCAGAAUUGAACUCUCUCAUGAGAAGGUACAGGUCACCUGGAACAAGAAUGAUGUUCGUCUACAUCCAAGCAAAGUCGUGCACAUGUCCGAGGAUGGAAAGAUCCACACACUUUCCUUCAAAGAGGUCUCUAUUGAUGACACUUCUCUCAUCAAAGUCGAGGCUCUUGGAAAAACAUGUGAGGCAAUGCUCACUGUACUUGAGGGAGAUACUUACUUCACCACCAAGUUACAGGACUACACUGCUGUUGAAAAGGAUGAGGUGGUCCUGAUGUGUGAAGUGAGCAAAUCUGCUUCCGAGGUGAAAUGGUUCAAAGACGGCAAGGAGAUCAUUCCCUCUAAGAACAUCCUUAUCAAAGCUGAAGGAAAGAAACGCAUCCUGAUUGUCAGAAAGGCAGAGAAGGACAAUACUGGCGAAUAUGUGUGCGACUGCAGCUCUGACAAAACAGCAGCCAAACUUAACAUUGAAGAACGUGAUAUCAAGACUGUCCGUCCACUGUACAGUGUGGAGGUCACAGAGACUGAGACUGCUCGCUUUGAGACCGAAAUCUCUGAGGAGGAUGUUCAUGGUAACUGGAAACUCAAAGGAGAGGCUCUGCACCAGUCUGCGGACUGUGAAAUUAAGGAGGAGGGAACCAAGCACAUGCUUAUACUUUACAAUGUCCGCAUGGACAUGGCUGGCAGCGUGGACUUCAGUGCUGCUAAUGCUAAAUCCUCUGCUCAGCUCAGAGUUAAAGCACGCACAAUCGGCCUUCUGCGACCUCUUCGGGAUAUCACUGUUACGGCUGGAGAGACCGCAACCUUUGACUGUGAGCUCUCAUACGAGGAUAUUCCUGUCGAAUGGAUUGUUGGCUCAACAAAGAUGGAACCAAGUGACAGGGUGGUUACUAGAGCUGAAGGUAGACUGCAUUCUCUCACCCUGAGAGAUGUCAUGAUGACAGAAGCUGGAGAAGUGAAACUUACAGCAAAGGAUUUUGUGACCCAGGCCAAACUUACUGUAAACGAGCCACCAGUUGAGUUCACCAAGCCCUUGGAGGACCAGACUGUUGAGGAAGAAGCCACUGCCAUUCUGGAGUGUGAAUUGUCCAGGGAGAAAGCUGAUGUCAAGUGGUUCAGAGAUGGACAGGAGAUUCGUAAAACCAAGAAGUAUGAGAUGGUGGCAGAAGGACGUAUAAGAAGACUAAUCAUCAAGGACUGUAGCCUUGAAGACUCCAAGACAUAUACCUGUGAUGCAAAGGACUUCAAAACAUCUGCUUUCCUGAAUGUUGAACCUCCAUUUGUUGAAUUCACUAAGCCUCUUCAUGACGUUGAGGUUAAGGAGAAGGAAUUUGCUAAAUUUGAAUGCGAAGUGUCCCGUGAAAAUGCAAAGGUCCGCUGGUUCAAAGAUGGUAGUGAGAUCAAAAAAGGCAAGAAAUAUGAGCUCAUCGCUAAGGGAUUACAGCGUAUUCUCAUUAUAAGCAAGGCAGUCUUUGAUGAUGAGGCUGAAUAUGAAUGUGACGCAAGAACAUCUAAAUCCUCUGGAAUGCUGACUGUUGUCGAGGAGGAAGCUAAAUUCACAAAGAACCUGACCAACGUUGAGGGCACUGAAACAGACAGCAUUAAGUUGAUUUGCGAGGUCUCCAAAGCUGGUGUGGAUGUCAUGUGGUACAAGGGUGACCAAGAGAUACCCGAGGGUGGUAGAUAUGAACACAUUUUAGAUGGACGAAAGAGAAUUCUCAUUAUCCAGGACCUCCGUAUGGAAGAUGCUGGAGAAUACUAUUGCAAACUGCCUUCUUCAGAGACAACAGCGACUCUGAAGAUAAGUGAAAUGGCAGCUGAGUUCAUCGCAAGACCCCAAAACCAGGAGGCCGUUGAGGGCGAGAAGGCUGAGUUUACUUGCUCGGUGUCCAAAGAAACAUUUGAAGUCAAAUGGUUCAGAGGAGACACCGAGCUUACAACCGAUGACAAGUAUGAAAUUGUUAGUGAUGGCAAGAGAAGAGCACUCAUUGUCAAGAACUGUGAGCUUAAAGAUGAGGGUGCAUUCACGGCUCAUAUUGGUUCAGUCAAAGCUUCAGCAGACUUGGUGGUCAUUGAAAAACUUAGGAUAAUCACUCCAAUCAAAAAUAUCCAAGUUAAGGAAGGACAAGAGAUCGUUCUCAACUGUGAGGUUAACUCUGAUGGUGCUAAAGCCAAAUGGCUGAAGAACAACGAGACCAUGUUUGAGAGCAGCAAGUUUAUCAUGGUUCAGAGGGACACAGUGUUCUCGCUGAGAAUCAAAGCUGCAGGGAAGUCAGAUGAAGCCAGUUACACAAUCACACUCACAAACCAACGUGGAGAACAGGCUAAGUGCACAGCUGACAUCAGUGUGCUGGAGGAAGCACUCAGAAUCAUUGAGCCAAUAGAGGACUGUGAAAUUGAAGAAAAGAAGACCAUCACUUUUACCUGCAAGGUGAACAGACCCAAUGUGACAGUUCAGUGGAUGAAGGCCGGUCAGGAGAUCACUUUCAGCAAACGUAUUGUGUAUCGCGUGGACAAAGACAAACACACUCUGACCAUUAAAGACUGCACCCUUGCAGACGAGGGUGAAUACACUGUAGUCGCCGGAGCUGAUAAAUCUUCUGCAGAGCUGAUCAUCAGCGAGGCACCCACUGACUUCACCGCUCAGCUCCAAGAUCAAACCAUCACUGAGUUUGAGGAUGCUGAGUUUGUGUGCAAACUGUCAAAAGAAAAGGCCCAGGUUAAAUGGUACAGGAAUGGACGUGAAAUCAGAGAAGGACCAAGAUAUCAUAUGGAAAAAGAUGGAAAGGAAUGCAAGCUUAUAAUCAAAGAGUGCAGACCAGAUGAUGAAUGUGAAUAUGCCUGUGGAGUGGAAGAUCGAAGAUCAAGGGCACGUCUCUUUGUUGAAGAGGUUCCAGUGGAAAUUGUCAGGCAACCCACAGAUGUCUUUGAGCCACCAGGCUCAGAUAUUGUGUUUGAGGCUGAACUGAAUAAGGACAGAGUUGAGGUCAGGUGGAUGAGGAAUAACAUGAUCAUCGUCCAGGGUGACAAAUACCAGAUGAUCAGUGAAGGCAAAGUUCACCGACUGCAGGUCUGUGAGAUCAGGCCCCGUGAUCAAGGAGAAUACAAAAUAGUUGCCAAAGACAAGGAUGCCAGAGCCAAGCUUGAGCUUGCAGCUGUGCCAAAGAUUAAGACCACAGAUCAGAACCUCGUAACAGACGCUGGAAAGCCUUUCGUCAUGACCGUUCCCUACGAUGCUUAUCCUCGUGCCGAGGCUGAAUGGUUUUAUGAAGACACCAGCCUACCUACCCAGAACAUCGACAUAGACAAUGAUCGGACUGAGUAUAGGCUUAAAGACCCUAAGAAGUCAGACAAGGGACGUUACAAGGUUGUCAUCAAAAACAAACAUGGAACAGGAGAGGCUUUCAUAAAUCUAGAUGUUAUUGAUGUUCCUGGACCUGUGAAGAAUCUGCAGGUUGUUGACACCGCUGAUGGUGAGGUCAGCCUUGCCUGGGAGGAACCAGAAAGCGAUGGUGGAAGCAAGAUUUUGGCUUAUGUAGUUGAGAGGCGUGACAUCAAACGCAAGACUUGGACAGUGGCCACAGACCGUGCUGACAUCCCAGAGUACUGCGUUUGCGGAUUGCAGAGGGACAACAUGUAUCUCUUCCGUGUAUGUGCUCGCAAUAGAGUUGGAAAUGGAGAGCCUGUUAUCACAGACAAACCAGUUCAAGCCAAGAACAAAUUUGACGUGCCCGAUGCACCUCAGAAUGUCAGGGUUGGAGUUGUCAAUAGGUUUGGUGCAACAGUUUCCUGGGAACCACCUGUGUCCGAUGGAGGAUCUGAGAUCACAGCUUACAUCAUUGAGCUCCGUGACCGCACCGCUGUGAAAUGGGAGGCCGCCAUGGUUGUGAAAGCUGAAGAUCACACAGCCACACUUAAUGACGUUGUUGAGAACAAGGAAUACAUCUUCAGGGUCAGGGCUGAAAACAAGGCUGGAGUUGGUCAGCCAAGCGCUGCCACAGAUCCAGUGAAGAUUAUGGAUCCCAUUGAGAGACCUAGUCCACCUCUGAACUUCAACCACACAAAUCAGACCAAAGACUCUGUUCAGUUGUCAUGGGAAACACCCAUGAACAAUGGAGGCAGCAUGAUUACGGGCUACAUCAUUGAGAAGUGUCAAGAUGGUACUGACAAGUGGUUGAGAUGUAACGCUAGGCUUUGCCCAGACCUUUAUUACAGGGUUUCUGGACUAAAGUUUGGUCAGAAGUAUCACUAUAGAGUAUGUGCAGAAAAUGCUGCUGGAGUGUCUGACCCAGCUGAUACCCUUGGGCCACUCUGGGCUGAUGAUCCUCACGUGGGUCCUACUAUGGAUCUCAGUGGAUUCAAAAACGGCCUGGAGGUCAUCGUCCCCAAUGCUCUUCAAAUCCGAGUCCCCAUUACAGGAUAUCCUGUGCCCACACCCAAGUGGACAUUCGGUGAUAAAGAACUCGUCGCAGGUGAACGUGUUUCCAUGGUCACGAAACCCACAUACACCGAACUGGUUGUUGCUCCAAGCGUGCGUCCAGACAGAGGAACCUACACCUUACAACUGGAGAAUGACGUGACGUCUGUUACUGGAGAGAUUGAAGUCAAUGUUAUUGCAUGCCCAAGUGCACCCAAAGACUUCAAAGUCGCAGAGGUGACCAGACAUCACGUGCAUCUAAUGUGGGAGGGACCUGAACAUGAUGGAGGCAGUGCUGUAACUGGGUACAAUAUUGAGAAACGUGAGGUCUCCCGUAAGACCUGGGUCAAGGUGAUGUCAGGUAUACAGGACCUGGAGUACACUGUCACAGAUGUCAUUCAGGGCAAGGAAUAUUUGUUCAGCGUCAUUGCUUGCAACAAAUGUGGACAAGGAGAGCCAGCAUACAUUGAUGAACCUGUGAAUGUGUCCUCCCCAGCCACUGUGCCUGAUCCACCUGAGAACCUGAAAUGGAGAGACAAAUCAGCAAAGAGUAUCUUCCUCCUCUGGGAACCUCCCAGAUAUGACGGUGGCGCUCCUGUUAAGGGCUACAUUGUUGACAAGUGCCAGCGUGGCACUGACAAAUGGGAGGCCUGUGGAGAUCCCAUUCCUGAACUGAAGUUCCAGGUCACUUGUCUUAUUGAAGGUCAGUGGUACGCCUACCGUGUCAGAGCAGUGAAUAGACUCGGAGCUAGCCGACCAUGCAAGGCUACUGAUGAGAUCCUUGCUGUAGAUCCAAAAGAGCCACCAGAGAUCCAGCUUGACGUGAAGCUCUUGGCUGGCUUGACUGCCAGAGCCGGCACUAAGAUUGACCUGCCUGCAGAUGUGCUUGGCAAACCAGAUCCGAGGGUCAAAUGGACAAAGGCUGACCUCGUCCUGAGACCUGAUGAUAGAGUUACCAUUGACACAAAACCUGGCCAUUCAACGCUUUCCAUCGCUAACACAACCAGAUCGGAUACAUCCACCUACAUCAUUGAGGCAGUCAACACCAGCGGGCGGGCAACAGCCACUGUUGACGUCAACAUUCUUGAUAAACCAGGCCCCCCAGCUGCUUUCGAUAUCUCUGAAAUCACAAACGAGUCAUGCUGUCUUGCCUGGAACGCCCCUAGAGAUGAUGGUGGCUCACCUGUCACCAACUACAUUGUAGAGAUGAGACCCACAGAUAAGGAAGAGUGGCAGAAACUGUCUGCCACCAUCAAGCAAACAGCUUUCAAAGCCUCCAAGCUGGUGCCUAUGAAGGAAUAUGUCUUCAGAGUGUCUGCUGAGAACCAGUAUGGCAUAGGCACUCCAGCCGAGCAUGUACCUAUUAUUGCCAAGUAUUCAUUUGACACUCCUGGGUCUCCAAGCAGGGUUCAGUCUUCUGAUAUCACAAAGGAUGCUGUAACUCUAAUUUGGUAUGAACCUGAUGAAGAUGGUGGAAGUCCCAUUACUGGGUACUGGGUUGAGAGGUUUGAUCCAGAAACUGACAAAUGGAUCAGGUGUAACAAGCUACCGAUAAAGGACACAACAUUCAGGGUAAAAGGUUUGCAAACUAAGAAGAAGUACAAGUUUAGAGUUUUGGCUGAGAAUCUUGCAGGACCAGGAAAGCCAAGUGCUGAGACCGAACCAGUUUUGAUUAAAGAUCCGAUUGAUCCUCCUUGGGCUCCCGGAAAGCCUUUCAUUAAAGACAUUGGCAAGACUACUGCACAUCUGCAGUGGACCCGGCCUGAGCACGAUGGUGGUGCAAAGAUUGAGUCCUACAUCAUUGAGCUUCUAAAAAGUGGAACUGAAGAAUGGGUUCGUGUUGCUGAGGAUGUGCCAUCAACAGAACACUUACUGAAGGGCCUGAUGGAAAAGCAGGAGUAUUCGUUCAGAGUCAAAGCCGUCAAUGUUGCUGGCGAGAGUGAAGCCAGUGACGCAAGUGACCCUGUUAUCUGUAAAGAGAGACUUUAUCCCCCAUCUGCUCCACGCUGGCUUGAGGUGGUUAACAUAACCAAGAUCAACUGUGACCUGAAGUGGACAGAGCCAGAGAGUCACGGUGGUUCUCCAAUCACCAAUUAUGUUGUUGAGAAAAGAGAUGUCAGACGCAGGGCCUGGCAGACUGUGGACACCACAGUGAAAGACACCAAGUAUACUGUGACUCCAUUGAAUGAAGGUUCUCUGUAUGUGUUCCGUGUCGCAGCUGAAAAUGCAGCUGGUAUUGGGGAGUUCUGUGAGCUUGAGGACUCUGUUCUGGCUAAAGAUACUUUCACAACACCUGGACCUCCUUACAUUUUGAGUGUUGUUGAAGUUUCCAAGAGACAUGUUGACCUGAAGUGGGAGGCACCCAACAAUGAUGGUGGAAGACCCAUUACCAAGUAUGUCAUUGAGAAGAAAGAGAAAGUUGGUACUCGCUGGAUAAAGUCUGGAAAGACAUCCGGCCCUGAAUGCAAGUACAGGGUGACCGAUGUUGAUGAAGGCUCUGAAGUGCAGUUCCAGGUCCGUGCUGAGAAUGAAGCUGGAGUUGGCCACCCAAGUGAACCUACUGAUAUUAUGACGAUUGAAGAUCCUAUAAGCGUUCCUUCUCCUCCAACUGAUGUCAAGAUCGUUGAUGCCAGCAGAGAGCACAUCAACAUUACCUGGAAAGCUCCAGAAAAGAAUGGAGGAAGUCCGGUCACUGGCUACCAUGUUGAGCUGUCUGAAGCUGGAACUGAAAAAUGGAUGAGGAUCAAUGCUCGCCCUGUCAAAGAGCUGAGAUUUAUGGCUGAGGAAGGCAUCAUUCCUGAAAAACAAUAUGUUCUGCGAGUUCGUGCCAUUAAUGCGAUUGGAGUCAGUGAUCCAUCUGAGAUUUCUGACAGCAUCUUUGCCAAAGACCCUGACUGUAAGCCAAGCAUAGAUGUUGAGACCCAGGACAUUGUGAUUGUUGAGGGUGAAAAGCUGGACUUAAAGAUCCCAUACCGGGCAAUACCAAAACCAUCAAUGGUCUGGAAAAAGGGUGACACUGAACUAAAGACUGAAGACAGGCUCACAUUGACAUGUGAACUCAAUCACGUUCAUCUGGAGCUUCUCAGGUGUAAACAUGAGGAUGCUGGCACAUACACUGUCGCUCUUGAGAACACUUUGGGUUCAGUUACUGGCACAAUAAACAUAAAAGUGAUUGGCCUGCCUGGACAAUGUAAAGAUAUCUCUGCCAGUGAGGUUACCAAGAACUCUUGUAAAAUUUCUUGGGAGCCUCCAGAGAGUGAUGGUGGUAGCCCAAUCUUGCACUAUAUUUUGGAGAGGAGAGAGGCACAGAAGAAGACAUAUUUGCCUGUGAUGUCUGGAGACAACAUUUUAAACUUUGUGGUCAAAGAUCUUAUGCUUAACUAUGAAUAUUGCUUCAGAGUAAAAGCUGUUAACAAGAUUGGUAGUGGGGAGUAUGUCGAGCUCCGCAAUUCUGUGAUAACAGAAGAACAGAAACAACAUCCAGACCCACCAGUUGAGGUUGAAGCACACAAUCCCACCUCAAAUUCCACCACUGUUACCUGGAUGGCACCACCAUAUGAUGGCGGAUGUCCAAUCACAGGCUACAUCAUUGAGAAGAUAGAAAAAGAUGGUGAUAGAUUCGAAAGAUGCGUUCCAAACCUUGUACCUGGUUUCUCCUACACUGUCACUGGCUUGACAGAAGGAAAAGAAUACCAGUUCCGUGUCCGUGCGGAGAACAUUGCUGGAGCAAGUGACCCAUCACGCAGUACACCACUCAUUAAGGCUGCUGAUCCUGUUGAACCACCAAAGGUAUCACUCCAUCCCCGCGUUGCCUCUGGUCUCAGCAUUAAAAAGGGAGAGGAGAUCAAAGUGGAUGCCUACAUAUCCGGAUCUCCCUACCCAACGGUUACAUGGCUCAGAAAUGAUGAGAAUGUCAGACAGGAGCCAGUUAAGAAGAAACCAGAUUUCACUGUAAAGAAGAAAAAGAAGACGAAGAUCACUGAGCCUGAACCCGAAGAGGAGUUCCAUCCUCCACUAUUAGAUCGCCUGUCAUUCGACCAGAGCAAGAGGGGUGAGACUGCAUUGAUGGUACGUGAUGCCAUCAGGACUGAUCAUGGAAAGUUCACUAUCAGAAUUGAGAACACCCAUGGUGUCGCGACUGCAUCUUGCGACGUCAAUGUUCUCGAUAAGCCCGGCCCUCCUGUCAACUUCGGAUUCGAAGACAUAAAGAACAUCUCAGUCACUUGCACGUGGGAUGCACCCCUUGAUGAUGGUGGCAGCGAGAUCAUCAACUACAUAUUAGAAAAGAAAGACAACACUACCGAUGACAUUGGUUGGGUAACUGUAACUUCAACCCACAAAGGGUACAAUUACCCUGUAACCAAGCUUAUUGAAGGAAAGGAGUACAUCUUUAGAGUCACUGCUGAAAACAAGUACGGCUGUGGACCGCCAUGCUACUCAGAACCACUCAUUGCAAAGAAUCAAUUUGAACCACCUGAUGCUCCAAACAUGCCAAGAAUUGGAGAGGUCACUUCCAGCUCAGUUGCCCUCAGCUGGCAUGAGCCAAAGGACAACGGUAGCCCUAUCCUGGGCUACUGGGUUGAGAGACGUGAAGUUAACAGCAAAUAUUGGACCAGAGUGAACCGCAACCUUCUCAGUUCACUGGCGGUCAAGGUUGAGGGUCUCAUGGAGGGCCUUGUUUAUGUCUUUAGAGUCUGUGCUGAGAAUCUUGCUGGCCCGGGAGAAUUCAGUGUACCAACUGAUCCUCAGACUGCAAUGGAUGCAAUUUUGCCACCUGGUCCACCCGUACCCAAAAUUGUUGAUGUCACUAAUACAACUAUCGAUAUUUCUUGGGUGCCUCCAUUGUACAACGGCGGUGGAGAUAUCCUUGGAUAUCAUGUUGAGCGCUGUUUGGUCGGAGAGAAGGAAUGGGUCCGCUGUACUGAGAGCAGAUGCAAGGACCGGAAGUUCACUAUAACUGGAUUGACUGAGGGAGCCGAUUAUAAUCUUCGUGUGUUUGCUGUGAAUGAUGCCGGUCAUGGAGCUCCAGGCAUGACUGAGCCUGUUCAAGCCAAAGAACCUGAGGAGGCUCCAGUGGUUGACUUUAAUAUCUCUGUGAGGAAUGGAGUCAUCAUCAGAGCUGGUGAAACACUGCGUCUACCGGCUUUUGUUACUGGACGACCUAUACCAGAACUGAAGUGGACAAAGGAUGAGGCUGAACCAGACAAAGAACGUGUAGUUAUUGACACAGAAGGAAAGAACAGCAUUUUAAGCAUCAAAAAUGCUUUGAGAUCUGACCAUGGCCAAUACCAGAUCACAGGAACCAACCCCAGUGGAGCAAAGUCAGCCUCUGUUAAGGUUGAUGUGAUGGAUGUUCCUGGACCAGUGGUUGAUCUUAAGACAGUUCAUGUCAGCAAGAAGAUGAUUUCACUUACGUGGUCAGAUCCUCUCGAUAAUGGUGGAAGUGACGUAAUGGGCUAUGUUGUUGAGAGAAAAGAUGCCAAAAUGCACAUUUAUAGACAACCACUGGAGGUUGCCGUUUGCAAGUGUGACAUUGUUGGUCUUCUUGAUGGCGAAGAAUAUAUGUUCCGUGUGAUUGCAAGGAACAAGGUUGGCCUCGGUGCUCCUGUUGAACUUGGACCUGUUUUAGCAGUGGAUCCCAAAGGAGUUCCAUCUGCCCCUGAGAAACUGCACUACACAGAAAGAACCAAGAGCACCAUCACUCUGACUUGGCAACCUCCUCGUAGCGAUGGUGGUUCUCCAAUCAGAGGCUACUAUGUUGAAAAGAUGAGACAAGACAGCACAGAAUUUGAUGUUGCCAACCGCCAAAUCUGCAAAGACUGCACCAUCACACUGGAAAGUUUGUCUGAGAACUUGAUAUAUGAUUUCAGAGUGAAAGCUGUCAAUGAGAUUGGUGACGGAGAACCAUCCAAACCAAUUAAUGUUAAUAUUCAGGAUGACGAGCAUGUACCAAUUAUUAAGUGGUUGAAGUUCUUUAAGAGUGAUGCCAUAGUUGUUAAGAAGGGAGCAGCAAUUGAAAUUCCUGCUGAAAUUCUUGGUCUGCCUUUGCCUACCUUUGAGUGGACAAAGAAUGGAGUAGUUAUUGAUGCGCCCACUGAGACAAUGACACUGGAAUCAGAAGAGAUUAACAGGCAAACUAUCAAUACCAAAAUUGGCAUUCCUGAAACUGUAAGACAAGACACAGGCUUUUACAAGCUGACUGCCACAAAUAUCCGUGGAACAGGUCAGCGCACAAUCAGAGUGGAUAUCUUGGAUCGCCCACUGCCACCAAGGAACAUUGUGGUCUCUGACAUCAAAGCUGAGUCUUGCUACCUUACCUGGGAUGCUCCAGAGGACAAUGGUGGAAGUGAACUUCUCAACUACAUUAUUGAGAAGAGGGAUGCCAGCAAAAAGAAGUCUGACUGGGAACAACUAACAUGCUGUGUCAUUGACAGACGCUAUGGGGUGUACAAACUGGAAGCCUAUGGUACAUACCAGUUCCAGAUCAAAGCAGAGAACAAAUAUGGAGUCAGUGACGGUUGUGAAUCAGAAAAGGUUGUCCUCAAAGAUCCAUUUGGUCUUCCUGGUCCACCCCAGAGGCCAAGGAUUAUUGGACACACUCGCUCAUCCAUGCUGGUGACGUGGGAGCCUCCCAAAGACAACGGUGGCUCAACCAUUCAGGGCUAUUGGCUUGAAAAGAGAGAGAGGGGAGCUGUUUACUGGAGUCGUGUUAACAGGGCUCCAGUAACAAAACCAGCAGUCAAGGGUCUGGAAUACAACAUACUCCACCUCAUCGAGGGUGCCGAGUACAAGUUCCGUGUAAUGGCUCAGAAUGCAGCUGGGGUUGGACCUCCAAGCGAGGCAACUGAGUGUGUUUUUGCACUUGACCCAAUAAACCCUACAAGUCAACCUGCAGCACCUGUAGUAACAGACAAAACCACAAGCAGCGUGACUCUUUCCUGGACCCCACCCGAAAAAGAUGGAGGUAGUCCAGUAAAGGGUUACAUCGUUGAAGUUCAAGAUGAAGGGUCACUUGAGUGGAGAAGAAUAAAUACACCAGAGAAGCUCAUCCUCACCAAUGCAUACACUGUGUCAGGGCUUAAAGAGAAUAAGAAAUGCAGGUUCAGAAUUGUUGCUGUCAACGCUACUGGUGAAUCCGAGCCAAGUCCGAGAACUGCUGAUAUCAUUGUACAGGACAUUCUGGAGGAACCUAUCAUAACCCUGGAGGUCACAGCUCAGGAGCUUCUGAAUUGUUGUGCUGGAACGACCAUCAAGAUUCCAGCCACUGUCUCAGGUAAACCUAUUCCAAAUGUCACAUGGGACUUUGAUGGAACUGCCCCAACAGAGAAAAAGGAUGAGCGCCACACCCUCCCUGAGGAUUCAGAGAUUUCGUCCACUGAUACAAAAUCAAUCGUUACAAUCCCGGAGUGUAAACUAAAUCACUCCGGACGAUACAUCAUCACUGCCAACAACCAAGCUGGUACCAAAGUUGUUAAAGUGCGUGUGAAUGUGCUUGAUUUGCCUGGACCUCCUAAAGACCUCAAAAUCAGUGACAUCACACGUGGAACUUGUAGGUUAACUUGGAAGCCUCCAGACUGUGAUGGUGGUGACAGAAUCAAGAGCUACUUCAUUGAGAAAAAGACUGUGGAGGGAAAGGCAUGGACAAAGGUCAAUCCAGCUUGUGCGACUCAGUCCUUUGUUGUGCCUGACCUCUUCGAGGGACAAGAAUAUAUGUUCCGCAUACGAGCUGAGAAUCGCUUCGGUUUGGGUCCCCAUAUUGAGACAAUUCAACGAACUAGAGCCAGGGAUCCUAUCUAUCCUCCCGAUCCUCCCAUAAGAGUCAAAAUCGUUGACGUCUCCAAAGGCAUUGUGACUCUGACAUGGAAGCCGCCGAGGAAUGAUGGUGGAGCACCUGUGACUCACUACAAUGUGGAACGACUUUGGUGGGACAGCAGUGGACACCAACAGGAGUCCUGGAGACAGUGCAAUCGCCGUGAUAUUGAAGGCACCACUUUCAAAGUGGAGGAUCUCCACCAGGGAGCAGAAUAUGAAUUCCGUGUCAAGGCUGUGAAUGAGGCGGGUGCAAGCAGACCAUCCUCCACAGCCGGACCCAUCAUUAUUAAGGACCAGAACAGGGCACCUUCAAUUGAACUUCCAGAAUUCAUGGAGGUUGAACAGGACACAGAUAUUCAUAUUGUUGCCAAGAUUAAGGGCUGUCCAUUCCCAACACUCACAUGGCAGAAAGCUCCGCCACACAAGCGUGACAACAAGGUUGAUAUUGAGUACGAUGAGCACAUCAACAAGCUUGUGUCUGAUGAUAGCUGUACGCUGCUGAUCCAGCAAGGCAAACGCUCAGAUACUAGCCUCUACACUCUCACUGCUAGCAACAGCCUUGGUACAGUUUCAAAGGAAAUGAGGCUUAAUGUUCUAGGACGUCCUGGCCCUCCAUCUGCACCAAUAAAGUUUGAGGAAAUUCGUGGUGAACAAAUAUCACUUUCAUGGCUGCCUCCUGUAGAUGAUGGUGGCUCCAAAAUUACAAACUACACCAUUGAGAGACGUGUCCCCAACAGGAAAACUUGGAUUCCUGUCACGAGUGAACCCAAAGAGCGAUUCUACACCAUUGAGGGUCUGAUGCCAGGCCAUGAGUAUAUUUUCCGAAUCAGGGCUCAGAACAAAUAUGGUGUUGGUGAUCCUCUGGACAGUGAAACUGAAGUAGCCAGAGAUGUUUUAUUGCCACCUGGCCAAUGUGAAAAGCCCACGCUUUCUAGCAUCACAAUAGACUCCAUGACUGUGAACUGGGAGGAGCCUGACUCAGAUGGAGGUUCUCCAAUCACAGGCUACUGGCUUGAACGUAAAGAAACAACAUCUAAGCGCUGGAACAGAAUAACUCGCGAUCCGAUCAGGCCCAUGCCACUCGGCGUGUCCCACACCGUCACAGGACUCAUUGAGGGAUCUCAGUAUCUGUUCCGUGUGACAGCAAUUAACAUCGCUGGUUGUGGACCUCCAAGUCAGCCAUCUGACCCAAUGUUUGCCAGAGAUCCAAUAGCCCCUCCUUCUUCUCCAACCCCCAAAGUCACCGACUGGACUAAAUCUACAGUAGAUCUGGAAUGGAUUCCACCUCUGAAGGAUGGCGGUUCUAAGAUAAUGGGUUACUAUGUUGAAUACAAAGAGGAGGGUACAGGAGCGUGGGUCAAGGCUAAAGACAAGGAGGUUAGAGGAACCAAAUUUGUGAUAACUGGACUGAAACCGAAUGCAUUUUAUAAAUUCAGAGUUUUGGCAUUUAAUGCUGCUGGUCUGAGUGAACCAGGCGAAAUCGCAGAUGCUCUUGAAAUGAAGGACCAGAUUAUUACCCCAGUGCUUGAGCUAGACGUCUCAGUAAAGGAGAGAAUGACUGUUCAUACUGGAGGUGUUAUUCGUAUCCUGGCUUAUGUGUCUGGCCAACCUCCACCUGUGAUAACAUGGGACAGAGAUCAAGGACCUGUUCCGGCAGAAGCUGUUGUUGAAACCACUGCCAUCAGCUGCUCAUUGGUAAUCAAGGAAUGCACCAGGAAGCAACAAGGUGUUUAUACAAUAACAGCCAAGAAUGAUGGAGGAGAGGUGAAGAGAUCUGUUAUUGUUGAUGUACUUGAUGUCCCCGGCCCAGUGGGGGUUCCUUUCACUGCAGAGAAUCUAACCAGUGAAUCAUGCAAGCUAAACUGGUUCUUCCCUGAGGAUGAUGGUGGAUCUGCUAUCUCUAACUACGUUAUUGAGAAGCGUGAAGCUGAGCGCAAGGCUUGGACAUCAUGCUCCUACACAGCUGGCAGACAAAAUGCUAUUGUAAACAAUCUGGUGCUAAAAAAGGCAUACUUCUUCAGGGUUGCAGCUGAAAAUGCAAUUGGAGUAGGUCCGUUCUGCCAAACGGCAUGCGAAAUUGUGGUCAGAGAUCCUAUCACUGUUCCAGCCCGUCCAGAAGAGCUUGAGGUGACUGCCGUUACUAAAGACUAUAUUAGUGUGACUUGGAAACCACCUAAGAAUGAUGGAGGAUCCGAGGUGACAUCCUACAUUAUUGAGGCUCGCAUGAUCGGAAAAGACAAAUUUGUCAGACUGACCAAAGACAAAUUGAUGGAUCGACGAUUCACGUAUGAUGGUCUCCGUGAGGGUGACAGCUAUGAGCUCCGUGUCAGUGCAGUGAAUGAAAUAGGCCCGGGCAAGCCGUCCUUCCCUACAAAGGCAAUUACAUGUAAAGAUGAACUUGAACCACCUACAAUUGAACUAGACUUCCGUGACAAGGUUAUCGUGCGUGUCAGUGAAAGUUUUGCACUUGUUGGCCGCUACACUGGAAAGCCAGCUCCUUCUGUUACUUGGUCAAGAGAUGAUAAGGAAUUGAAAGCAGACAGCCACAUCCAGUUCAAAAAUACUCUCACCACAAUGUCCUUGGGUAUUAUCAAAGCUCAGCGAGAACACAGUGGCAAAUACUGUGUGACAGUUGAAAACUGCACUGGUGCUCGUAAGGGCAUUUGUAAUGUUACAGUUGUUGAUCGGCCAUUGCCUCCUGAGGGCCCAGUGGUCUUUGAGGAAGUUCACAGAGAUCACAUGGUCAUUUCUUGGAAGCCACCUCUUGAUGAUGGUGGUUGUGAAAUUUCUAACUACAUCAUUGAGAAGAGGGAUGUAAACAGGGACAUGUGGACAACUGUAACAUCUGCCAACACAAAAACCACUUGUAAAGUACCUAAGCUUCAAGAGGGACGUGAAUACGUAAUGAGAAUUAGUGCCGAGAACAUGUAUGGCAUAAGUGACCCACUGGAGUCAGAGGAGAUGAAAGCUAAAGAUCUGUUUAGGGUACCUGAGGCACCUGAGCAGCCCAUUGUCAAAGAUGUGUACCAUGAAUCUGCACUAGUGAUUUGGAACCGUCCUCGUGACGGUGGAAAGCCCAUCACUAACUAUAUCUUGGAGAAGAAGGAGCCCUCAUCUAAGAGAUGGUCUCGUGCGACCAGAGAUCCAAUUUACCCUGCAACCCAGUACAGGGUACAAGAGCUUGUCGAAGGCUGUGAAUAUGAAUUCCGUGUAAUGGCAGAGAAUGAAUUGGGCACUGGAGAUCCUAGCCCUCCAUCCAAGCCUAUUCUUGCUAAGGAUCCCAUUGUUCUACCAAGCCCACCUGUUUUGCCUGAGACUGUUGACAAGACUAAAGAUUCUGUGAGUCUUUCAUGGCGUGUUCCACGGCACGAUGGUAAAGGCAAAAUCUUUGGUUACUUAAUUGAGUAUCAGAAGCCUGGUGCAAUCGAAUGGAUCCAAGCCAAUGACGCUCCUGAGUCAUGCCCCGAUAUUAAGUUUGUUGUGAAAAAUCUACCAGAAGGUGAUGAGUUCAGGUUCAGAAUUAUGGCUGUGAAUGCAGCUGGAAAAUCUGACCCUGCUUAUGUCAAGGAACCGGUGAAAGUUCAUGACAGACUCGAGGAGCCAGAGUUGCUGUUAGAUGGUAACAUGGCACGUGACCACCUUGCCAUGGUUGGAACGGACAUCACACUCAGUGCCAAAAUUAAGGGCAUGCCGAUUCCCACUGUUUCUUGGAAAAAGAAUGAUGGUGAAGUUCCUGCUCAUUGUCUCAUUGAGGUCGCAGCGAGUGGAAGCAAACUUCACAUUAAGAAAUGUACCCGUGCUGACUGCGGCAAUUACACCAUCACUAUUCAAAACGCAGCUGGAACCAAAUCUGCCACCUGCACUGUUCUUACUCUUGAUAAACCUGGACCUCCAAGGAAUCUUACUUUGUCUGAAGUGACAAGUGAGUCAGCUUAUCUGACAUGGCAAAAACCAGAAGAUGAUGGUGGUGCUGUUAUCUCUCACUAUAUUGUACAAAAGAAAGAUGUAGCCUCUGACAGCUGGGUUCCAGUUUGUGCUGCCUCUAAAAAGCAUAGCCUCAUGGCUAUGUAUCUAAUGGAAGGAAUCCAGUAUCUCUUCAGAGUGGCAGCUGAGAAUCAGUUUGGCAGAAGUGCAUUCAUUGAAACAACAAAACCCAUCAAGGCAGUUGAUCCUCUUUACCCCCCUGGUCCACCCAAGAAUCUGCAUCAUGUGGAUGUAGACAAAACCGAAGUAUGGCUUCAGUGGGAGUGGCCUGAUCGCACGGGUGGAAGUGAGAUCACUGGAUUUAUUGUUGAAUAUCAGGAGGAAGGUGCCACCGACUGGGUCAGCUUCAAGACUGUCAGCAAUCCUCAAUGCCAUGUCACUGGACUUGCAGAGGGAAAAACCUACAGAUUCCGUGUAAAAUCUCAAAAUGCGAUAGGCAUUAGCAGACCAGACACCAGUGUACCGAUUACUUGCCAGGAGAAAACAUUGGCUCCAACUAUUGAAGUUGAUGUGAAACUUAUUGAAGGUCUUGUUGUGAAGGCUGGCACCACAAUUGUUCUCCCAGCAAUCAUGCAUGGAAUCCCAACUCCAACACCCAAGUGGCAAAGUGAUGGAAAUGAGUUGAAAGCUGAGGGAAAAUAUAAGAUCAAUACUGAAGGAAACUCAACUGUUUUGAAUAUUAGUGAGUGUGUCAGGACUGACAGUGGAGAGUAUGUUCUCACCGUGGCAAACCCUGCAGGCAGCAAGUCAGUUGCUUUGCAUGUCACUGUUCUCGAUGUUCCAUCUGCUCCAGUUGGUCCAGUAAAUAUCCUUGAGGUUACUCCUGAUUAUAUGAUAAUCCAGUGGCGUGCACCCAAAGACGAUGGUGGUACACCUUUGAUGAACUACGUUGUUGAGAAGAAGGAUGUAAAGAAGCCUUGGGAACCAUGGUCAGUUGUGAGUUCUGGAAGCAUAAGCACAAAAGCCAAAGUCCCACGGUUGGAGAAGGGACGUGAAUAUAUUGUGCGCAUACGUGCUGACAACAAGAUUGGCAUUGGUGCUGCCCUUGAAAGUCCUCCCACUGUUGCUAAGCAUAUGUUUGAUCCACCAGGUCCUCCUGGCCAACCCACAUGUUCUGAUAUAACAGAAAAUGCUGUAACAAUUUCAUGGACUGAACCAGAAACCGAUGGUGGAAGCCCUGUGAGUGGCUAUAUUGUUGAGCGCAGGGAGAUGACUGGCAAAUGGAUCCGUGUCAAUAAAACACCAGUCUUAGAUACAAGAUACAGGGUCUGUGGUCUGUUUGAGGGUAACAGCUAUGAAUUUAGAAUCUUUGCUGAAAAUAUUGCUGGUGUAAGUGAACCAUCAUAUCCAUCAGACCCAGUGAAAGCCAAACGGCCAAUUACUCCGCCGGGGCCUCCAAGUAACAUUAAGCUGAAGGACUGGAGCAAGUCAUAUGCAGAUUUGGUAUGGACCAAACCUUCCAGAGAUGGAGGCAGUCCAAUCCUAGGCUAUGUUGUAGAAUGCCAGAAAUCGGGUUCUGCACAGUGGGACAAAAUACAUAAGGAUCUUAUUAAGUUCUGUGCAUUUAGAGUACCUGGACUUAUUGAAGGCACAGAGUACAGAUUUCGCAUUAGAGCUUCUAACAAGGCUGGAGAUGGUGAGCCAAGAGAACUUACAGAAACUGUGCUUGCAAAAGACAUCCUUGUUCCCCCUGAAGUAACUGUGGAUGUUGCUUGCCGUGACCUUCUUACAGUUAGAGCAGGGCAGAUCAUCAACCUUGUGACCCGUGUCAAGGGCAGACCUGACCCUGAGAUCACUUGGACUAAAGAUGCAAGAGCCUUUGGUAGAGAUAAGCGUACUGAGAUGAACAAUAACUUCCCUCUUGUAGAGCUGGUCAUUCAGAAUGCUGUUAGAGCUGAUUACGGAAAAUAUGCAAUUCAGGCAAAAAACAGCAGUGGUCAGGCACAAGCUACAAUUAUUGUCAAUGUGCUUGAUAUUCCUGGAGCUUGUCAAAAUGUGAAGGUUGCUUAUGCAACUAAAGACUCAUGUAUGGUGUCUUGGGAAAAUCCAGAGGAUAAUGGUGGCACUGAAAUUACCAACUAUAUAAUUGAGUGCCGACAGCCCAACCAAAGAGGGUGGACAGUUGUUACAUCUGACUGCACCAAACGACUUGUCAAAGCACAACUUGUUGAAAAUUGUGAAUAUUUCUUCCGUGUAAGUGCAGAGAAUAAAAUCGGUGCUGGCCCUCCAACUGAAACGAAAACACCAGUCCUUGCUGUUGAUCCAGUAGAUAAGCCUGGUGAGCCAGAGAACUUCCAAAUUGCUGAAAUCGGUAAGACAUUUGUCUUCCUCAAAUGGAAGAAGCCGGAAAAUGAUGGUGGUAGCCGAAACCUUGCUUACCAUGUUGAAAAGAAACCUAAAGAAGCAGAGGAAUGGGAAAGACUGCACAAAGGUGCCAUAAAGGAAACAUAUUUCAUGGCUGACAGAUGUACUGAGAACCAAAUUUAUCAGUUUAGAGUUCAAACAAAGAAUGAGGGCGGAGAGAGUAACUGGGUGACAACAGCUGAAGUUCUUGUGAAGGAGGAACUUGUACAGCCGGAGCUCAAAGUCAAACUGGAGGGAACUCUUGUUGUAAAAGCUGGAGAGUCCAUUCCAAUUGAGGCAGAUCUUAAAGGUAAACCUCAGCCUGAUAUAAAAUGGUCCAAAGAGAAUUACACUGGAGAUAUCCACAAAAGCCCAAGAGUGCAGAUUGAAACUGGCACCAACUUCACAAAAUUGUUGCUCACAAAUUCUAAACGUGGAGAUACUGGAAAAUACAUAAUCACUGCAACAAAUGCAGCAGGAAGCUGCUCUGCUGAAGCCAAAAUAAAUGUUCUUGACAGGCCAGGUCCUGUUAGAGACCUGAAGGUCUCAGAUAUUUCUGUGGACAGAUGCAAGCUUACAUGGGAGAUCCCAGAAGAUGAUGGUGGGUGUGAGAUCUAUAACUACAUCAUAGAGAAAUGUGAGGCAAAGAGAGGGGUAUGGUCAAUUCAUUCAGCUGCUGUUAUAACUAAUUCAGCUAAAGUUACUCGCCUUAUUGAAGGAAAUGAAUAUAUAUUCAGAGUGAGAGCUGAGAACAAAAUGGGGGCUGGCCCUGCUGUUGAAACCGAGUCCUUCAUUGCAAGAACCCAGUUCAGCAGACCAGGUGCACCAUAUACUCCAGAAGUGACCAAAAUUACAAAAGACGAAAUGGUUGUAAUGUGGUGCUCUCCUGAUUAUGAUGGUGGAAAGCCCAUCACUGGUUAUAUUCUUGAGAAAAAAGAGGAGCAUGCCGUUCGUUGGGCACCGGUUACUAAGUCCCCAAUUGCAGGACAACAGAUGACUGUUACAGGGCUUUUGCCCAAUCAUAAUUACCAGUUCCGUGUUAAGGCUGAAAAUGAAAUUGGAGUUGGUGAUGCAAGCAAACCAUCUAGAUCACUCACAGCAAGAGAUCCAAUUGAGCCUCCUGGCCCAGUUGGUAAUUUAAAGGUGGCUGACAGCUCAAAAACAUUAAUCACUCUUUCAUGGACAAAGCCAACAUAUGAUGGAGGUGCUCCUCUUAUUGGAUAUGUAGUUGAGAUGAGAGUCAAAGGCAAGAAGAGUGAUGAAGGCUGGAAGAGGUGCAAUGUUGCUGCCCAGCUGAUCCGAACAGAAUACACAGUCUCAAGUCUUGAUGAGAAGUUUGAAUAUGAAUUCCGUGUUUCUGCUCAAAAUCAAAUUGGCAUGAGUCAACCAACUAAUCUCCAGGGAGCUGUGUCACCAAGAGAAGUCCUGGAAACUCCUGACAUUGUUUUGGAUGCAGAACUUAAGAAGGGUUUGACUGUUAGAGCUGGAUGCCCAAUAAGAUUAGUUGCAACAAUCAGAGGCAGACCUCCUCCCAAGGUUGUAUGGAGGAGAAUGGGAAUUGACAAUGUCGUCCAGAAGGGCCAUGUAGAUCUCAUUGACACUAUGACAUUCCUAGUUAUCUCUGAAACAACCCGUGAUGAUUCAGGCAAAUAUUCAUUGACUGUAUCCAGUCCAGCUGGAGAGAAAGCAGUAUUUGUGAAUGUCAAAGUACUUGAUACACCUGGACCUGUUGUUGGUCUUGAGGCUGUUGACAUUACAAUGACAUCUUGCAACCUUACGUGGUCCCCACCUGACAAUGAUGGAGGCAGCAACGUCACCCAUUAUAUCGUUGAGAAGCGAGAAAUUGAUCGCAAGACUUGGGGAACAGUGAAAACAAAUGUUGAAAAUACCACAUUUAAAGUUACUAACCUUGUCCCCGGAACAGAGUAUUACUUUAGAGUAAUAGCUGUAAAUGAAUAUGGUCCUGGAGUUCCGAAAGCUACACCAAAAUCUUAUCUGGCCUCUGAUCCUAUCAGCCAACCAGACCCACCACAAAAGGUUGAUGUUUUGGAGAUUACUAAGAACAGUGCAACUGUUGGGUGGGUAAAACCACUUUGUGAUGGUGGAGCUAAAAUUGAUGGUUACAUUAUUGACUACCUUGAGCUUCCAAUGUCUAAACCACCCAAAGAACCAGUAAAGGUUGAGGGCGAGGUUGAGGGAGAAGCUGAACCUGCUGUAGAGCCUGUGCCUCCACCCGCACCUGAACCUGAGGUUGAGGAAGAGAAGGAGAAAGAAAAGGAGCUGGAAUGGACACCAUACGCUGUUGUGAAAGGCUUGAGCAUUUCCGUUGUUGGACUUAAGGAGGGAAGAAUAUAUCGCUUCAGAGUUGCAGCAAGAAACUCCAUGGGAUCCAGUCUGCCCACAGAGACAAGAGAAGCUUAUGAGAUUAAGGAACAAAUGAUGGAACCCAAGAUCAUUAUGCCUGAGCUUGUCACUGCAAAGGCAGGAGCAAAGCUGAGAGUCGAGGCUCUUGUGUCUGGAAAGCCAGCGCCUACAUGCCAGUGGAAACGGGGAGAAGAUAAUGUAGUCCCAUCUAGCCGUCUUGCUGUACAUAAAUCUCAGAACAUGUGUGUGCUCAUCAUCAAAGAUGUUUCAAGACAUGACAGUGGUCAAUACAGCCUUGUUGCUGAGAACAGCUCCGGCAAAGUUGACCAGAUUUUGAAAAUCGUCAUCAGAGAUAUUCCUGGACCACCUGUGCCACCAUUUGAGAUCAGUGACAUUGAUUCUGAUGCCUGCACACUCUCUUGGAACAAACCACUUGAAGAUGGUGGUAGCAAUAUCACUAAUUAUGUGGUUGAAAAGUGUGAUGUAAGCAGGGGAGACUGGGUUACUGCUCUUUCCAGUUGUGGCAAAACUGGCUGCAGAAUCGGAAAGCUUAUUCCUGGAAAAGAAUAUGUCUUCCGUGUCCGUGCUGAGAACAGAUUUGGUAUUUCAGAUCCACUUACGUCUGACAGGAUGGUUGCCAAAUUUCCCUUUGAUAUUCCUGGAGAACCUUUGAACUGCCGCAUCAACAAAGUAAACAAAGACUGCAUGUUUGUGGCUUGGGAUAAACCUGAGUCAGAUGGUGGCAGUCCUGUUACUGGAUACUACAUUGAACGCAAAGAGAGGAACAGUCUUCUUUGGGUUAAGGCUAAUGAUUCUGUUGUUCGCACAACUGAAUAUCCUUGUGCUGGCCUAAUUGAAGGUUUGGAAUACACUUUCAGAGUGUCUGCUAUAAACCGAGCUGGACAGGGUAAACCUAGCAAGAAAACAGAUUUCAUCACAGCAAGAACAACUGUUGAUGCUCCCGGAAAACCAGAGGUGCUUGAUGUAACUAAGAACACAGUAACAUUGGUUUGGACCAAACCGAAGAACGAUGGUGGAAGCAAGAUAAUCGGAUACUAUGUUGAGGCCUUAAGGGUCCCAGAAGACACUUGGGUACGUUGCAACACAAGCAGUCAAAAUGUACCACGUGAAGAGUACACUGCAACUGGGCUAGAAGAGGGUGCCAAGUACCAGUUUAGGGUCAUUGCCAAGACUGCAGUUAACAUUAGCAGACCAUCUGAAAUCACUGAUCCCAUACUGGUGUCUGCAGAGAAUGUGCCUCCAAGAAUAGAACUUUCCAUACAGAUGAAAAAGAUGUUACCAGUAAAGGCUGGAUCAGAUGUUUGUCUUGAGGCUGAGGUUUAUGGCAAACCACUGCCCAAGGUUACAUGGACCAAGGAUGGAGAAGUGUUGAAAGCUGAUAAAGACUUUAAGAUGUCUCAAAAGAGACAUCUCUUCUCUCUAAGCAUUGAUGCAGUUACCAAACUUAAUACCGGAAAUUAUGGAAUUCUUGCAGAAAAUGCAAGUGGUUCUACAACAGCAGAGAUACAACUUAAAGUACUGGAUACACCUGGCCCACCAGUCUCUGUCAAAUUUGAUGAGGUCCUUUCAGAUAGAAUCAAGUUGAGCUGGACGGCUCCACUCUCAGAUGGUGGUUCUCCAAUUACAAAUUAUGUUGUUGAUAAACGUGAGACAAGCAGAGCUAACUGGGCUCAGGUCUCUGCUAAAAUCAGUGGUAAUACAACUGAUAUUCUAGUGGAGAGACUGAUAGAGGGGCAUGAAUAUCAGUUCCGUGUUUGUGCAGAGAACCACUAUGGUGCUGGUGAUGCCAUCAUAUCAGACCCUGUCAUUGCAAGGAAUCCCUUCUCUGUUCCUGGAGCAUGUGACCCACCAGUCAUAACAAACAUCACUAAGGAGCAUAUGACUGUAAGCUGGAAGGAACCAUCUGAUGAUGGAAAGUCCCCUAUACUUGGGUAUAUGGUUGAAAUACGUGUGACCAAGGAAAUCAACUGGAUCAAACUCAACAGAAAACCAUUGUUGGAGAGAACACUUGAGGUCGGAGAGCUCUCCGAGGGCACGCAGUACGAGUUUAGAGUGAUCACUGUCAAUAAAGCUGGCCUUGGCAAACCCAGUGAACCAUCUACUGCUGCCUCUGCACUUGAUCCCCUGUAUCCUCCAGGUCCACCUGUUUCUCCCAAGGUCACAGAUACCACCAACAGCACCAUUAACCUUUCUUGGACUAAGCCUGUGAGCGAUGGUGGAAGUGAAAUUUUGGGAUACCUUGUUGAAUGCAAGAGAACCAAUGCUACAGACUGGAUAAGAUGCAAUGUGCCUAAAAACCUUCAGGAUACACAUUAUGUUGUCACUGCAAUCUUGGAGAACUCUGAAUACCAACUUCGUGUAACUGCUGUAAACAAAGUUGGAUUCGGCCAGCCUUGUGAAGUUCCUGAUAAACAUGUUGCCAAGGAUGUUUUCGCUGCUCCUGAGGCUGAGCUUGACCCAGAGCUAAAGGACACUUUGGUCCUUAUGGCUGGCAGUAAAAUGAAACUUCACGCCAAAAUUAAGGGUCGGCCAUCCCCCAGGGUCACUUGGGCCAAAAUGAACACCAACAUUAAGGACAGACAAGGAAUUAUAAUCAAGACCACAGACAGCGAUACAUCAGUUUUUGUUGAGAAAGCAAACAGAUACGAUGCAGGCAAAUACAUACUGAACCUUGACAGUGUAAGCGGAAUGAAGAUGUACACAGUUAUUGUCAAGGUCCUUGAUACCCCUGGACCUCCAGUGAAUCUAAUGGUUAAAGAGACAUCGAAGGACAGUGCCUCCAUCCUGUGGGAUGCACCUCUCAUUGAUGGUGGAAGUGAGAUUAAAGGUUACAUUGUUGAAAAACGAGAUGCAGAAAGGAAAGCAUGGUCAACAGUUUCAUCCACUUGUACCAAAACAUAUUUUAAGAUUGACGGAUUGGAAGCCGGUAGAUCUUAUUGCUUCAGGGUUAUGGCUCAGAAUGAAUAUGGUAUUGGUGAGGCAUGUGAAACUGCAGAUGCUGUGAGAGCAACUGAGCAACCUGGACCAGUUAUGGACUUUAAGACCUUGCUGGUAACCAAGGAUUCUUGUACCCUUUCAUGGAAAAAGCCUAUCAGUGAUGGAGGUAGCCGUAUUAUUGCAUAUGUGCUUGAGGUCCUUAAUGGUGAAGAUAAAUGGAAGGAGCUUCUCAGAUCAAAGAACAUGCAAUACAGUGCAAAAGAUCUUAUUGAAGGAAGGGAAUACAAAUACAGAGUAAAAGCAACAAAUGAUUCUGGUGAUGGCCCUGAGAAGGAACUCGCUGUGAUUGCAAAAGACGUCAAUGUUCUUCCAAGCUGUGACUUAAGAGAGUUGCCGAAUUUGAACUACAUAGCAAAAGAGGGAAGCAAUGUUCGACUCAAGAUACCUAUCAGUGGAAAACCUGUCCCUGUAGUCACAUGGAAGAAGGGAGAGGAGGAAAAUCUCACAGAUACAGGAAGAGUGUGUGUGGAAUCUACAGCUGUAAAUACAACUCUCUUGAUUCGUGACUGUCAGAGGAAUGAUGCCUCAAAAUACACCAUCACUCUUCGCAACACUGCUGGAACAAAAGAGUCCACCAUUUUUGUCAGAGUUGUUGGUAAACCAGGAAUUCCAACUGGAACAAUCAAGUUCAAGGAAGUGACUGCAGAUGGUGCAACCUUAAAAUGGGGUGCUCCUAAAGAUGAUGGCGGAUCAGAAGUUACCAAUUACAUUCUUGAGAAACGUGAUUCCAUUACUAAUAUGUGGGUCACCGUGUCCUCAGCUGUGGACACAAACAGUUUCAGAGUGGCAGGUCUCCAUGAGGGUACUGAGUAUAUCUUUAGAGUUAGUGCCGAAAACAAAUAUGGAAUUGGUGAGGGCCUCAAAUCAGAGCCUAUGAUUGCCAAGCAUCCAUUCAAUGUACCAGAUUCACCUCCUCCACCACAAGUCAUGAGUAUGCGUCAUGAUUCAGCAACACUUGAAUGGUCUGAUCCAAGGAAAACUGGAGGCUCAUCAAUCACAGGUUACAAUAUUGAAUUCAAGGAGAAAAAUAGCAUGUUGUGGAAAAGAGCAAACCCAACUCCCUUGAAGAUGAGGGAUUUCAAAGUGACUGGUCUAACUGAGGGUCUAGAGUAUGAGUUUAGAGUUAUGGCUAUAAAUUUGGCUGGUGUUGGAAAGCCAAGUCUUCCAACUGAGGCAUUGGUUGCCUUGGAUCCAGUAGAUGCACCUGGCAAACCUGAUGUGAUCAGCAUCACUAGAAGCACUGUAACACUUCAAUGGACCGAACCUCAGUAUGAUGGUGGACACAGACUUACAGGAUACAUUGUUGAAAGACGUGAUCUCCCGGCUAAGGUCUGGGUAAAGGCUAACACAGUGAAUGUUGUUGAUUGUGCAUAUACUGUAACUGACUUGCAGGAGGGUUGCAAGUAUGAAUUUAGAAUCAGAGCCAAGAAUGCUGCUGGAUCACUAAGUCCACCCUCGGAACAAACUGAUACCCUUAUGUGCACUGAUGAAUAUGCGGCACCAACCAUUACUAUUGAUCCUACAGUUAAGGAGGGGCUUACUGUCAGAGCUGGUGAUAACAUUGUCAUCACAGCAACGAGCAUUGUGGGCAAACCUCAACCAACCUCUGUGUGGUCAAAGGGUGGAAAAUACUUCAAGCCAUCAGAUGUCUGUCAAAUAGAAACUACCCCAUCCUCUUCUACUCUUUCUAUUAAGUAUGCAAGUAGGAAGGAAUCAGGAGAGUACACAAUUACAGCAAGUAACCCAUUUGGUGUCAAAGAGGAGAAUGUUAAAGUGACAGUUUUGGAUGUUCCUGGGCCACCAGGACCAGUUGAAGCAAGUGGAGUUUCUUCUGAAAAGGUCACUCUGACAUGGACACCACCUCAUGAGGAUGGUGGAUCGCCAAUUAAGUACUACACAUUGGAGAAAAGAGAAACAAGCCGUCUACUUUGGACAAUUCUUGCUGAAAAGGUUAUUGACUGCCACUUUGUGGCCAAUAAACUUAUCCAGGGAAAUGAGUACAUCUUCCGUGUUUCUGCUGUCAACAGUUCUGGAGCUGGUGAUCCUUGCCAUUCUGAGCCAGUCAAAAUGGUUGAUAGCUAUGGUCCUCCAGGCCCUCCAGCUAGACCAGAGGUAGAAAAUGUUGGUGGAAAUUCUGUUACCAUUGCAUGGAAAAGACCAUCUGAGGAUGGUGGCAGUAACAUAACAGGCUACAUGGUGGAGAGGAAGGAAAAGAAGGGUAUGAGAUGGACACGAGCAUCAAAGACAGCAAUUACAGACCUCCACUUUGAAGUGAAAGGAUUAAAAGAGGCAGUUGAAUAUGAAUUUAGAGUAGCUGCUGAGAAUAAGGCAGGUUUUGGAGAGCCAAGUGAGCCUUCACUGCCUGUGAGGACCAAGCUUGUCGCUGAUGUUCCUGGACCACCAGUCAACCCUCGAGUCACUGACACAACAAAAACAACAGCCGAAUUGCACUGGGGCAAACCACUUAGUGAUGGUGGCAUGGAAGUCACAGGAUACCUUGUUGAACACAAAAAAGGGGGAGAAGAAGAAUGGGUGAAAGACACAGCUACAACUUUAAGGAUCACAGAGUUUGUUGUGCCUGAUUUGCAUGCUGGAGCCAAGUAUCACUUCAGAAUUAGUGCAGUGAAUGCAAUGGGUGUUAGUGAACCAGUGCAAACUGAGGAUCUUGUUGAAAUUAUCGAACGAGAAGAAGUACCUGAUCUAGAACUUGAUGUAGAACUCAGGAGAACAUUAGUUGUUAGGGCAGGUGCCUCCAUUCGUAUAUUUGUUCCUAUUAAAGGUCGUCCAACACCUACAGUGACUUGGACCAAAGAGGAUGCACCACUGAGGACUCGUGCAAACAUUGAUAAUACCGAAUCAUACACUUUAUUGGUCAUACCUGAUUGCAAUAGGCGUGAUGCAGGAAAAUAUGACUUGACAUUGAAGAAUGCUACUGGAACGAAGACUGCCUCUGUGAAUGUGAGAGUGUUGGACUCUCCUGGACCUCCUCUGAAUCUAAAACCGACAGCAAUUGACAAAGAGAGCAUCACUUUGCAAUGGGAAAUGCCUCUUAUUGACGGAGGUGCAAAGAUUACCAAUUACAUAAUUGAGAAAAGAGAGUCUACUCGGAAAGCAUAUGCUGCAGUAAUCACCCAAUGUGCGACGUGCUCUGUUAGAGUUUCUGAUUUAGGAGAGGGGUUAGAAUACUAUUUCAGAGUUUCUGCUGAAAAUGAGUAUGGCAUUGGUGAAGCAGUUGAAACCCCAGACCCCAUCAGAGUAUCUCAGGCACCAACACCACCACAAAAUGUCACUUUUACUGAUGUCACAAAGAACUCCGUCAACCUUGCAUGGACAAAACCAAAACAUGAUGGUGGAAGUAGAGUUACUGGCUAUGUAGUUGAGGCACAAAAGAAAGGAACAGAUCAGUGGGCCCAUGUUACAACUGUUAAGACUCUGGACUUUACUGUAAAAAAUCUUAAUGAAAAUGAAGAGUAUGUGUUCUGUGUAAUGGCCGUGAACAGUUCUGGCCGAAGUCUGCCUCGUUUAAGCAGGCCUGUUGUUAUCAGAGAACGAAGUUCAGAGCCAGAAUUUGAUCUUCGUGGUGUUUGUCAGAAGAUGGUUAUCGCCAAGGCUGGUGAAAAUAUAAAGGUUGAAGUGCCUGUUUAUGGACGUCCUAAGCCAACAGUUUCGUGGCAAAAAGACAAUCAACCCCUCAAAGUUACACAACGGACAAUGACUGAAAAUACCUCCAACUCAACUAUCCUGAUCAUAAAUGAAUGUUUAAGGAGUGACAGCGGAGCAUACUCAAUGACAGGAAAGAACAUAGUUGGUUCAGUCACAGACAGCAUAACAGUGAAAGUGCAUGAUGUGCCUGGACCACCAAAGGGGCCAAUUAAACUGGACAAAAUAUCACGUACGUUCAUUGAGUUCUCAUGGGACACUCCUGAAAAUGAUGGAGGAGUGCCAAUCAAUAACUAUGUAGUUGAAAUAAGGGAAACUACUAGUCAGACAUGGACAGAACUUUCCUCAUUGAUCAUUCGCACAACAUUUAAAGCAACACGUUUAACAACAGGUGUUGAGUACCAGUUCCGUGUCAAGGCCAAAAAUAGAUAUGGCACAGGACCUCCAAUAACCUCAGAGGCAGUGGUUGCUGCAUAUCCAUUUAAGGUGCCUGGGCCACCAGGAACACCCAACGUUGUUGCUUUCACAAAGGAUAAAAUGACAAUUGGCUGGAACGAGCCUGUUUCUGAUGGUGGAAGUGAAGUCAUUGGUUACCAUGUUGAGAGGAAAGAGAGGAACAGUAUUAUCUGGCACAGGAUUAGCAAGGCACUUGUGGUUGGAAAUCUUUUCAUGUCCACUGGUCUAGAGGAUGGUGUUGCAUAUGAAUUCCGUGUGAUUGCUGAAAACAUAGCUGGAAUUGGGAAACCAAGCAAAGCUUCUGAACCAAUGCUUGCUCUUGAUCCAGUGGAUCCACCUGGUCAACCUGUCCCUGUCCAAGUGUCCAAAAAUGCCAUCACUAUUCAGUGGACAAAACCAGAGUAUGAUGGUGGAUUCAAGAUUACAGGAUAUACUGUAGAAAAGAGAGACAUUCCAGCUGGACGCUGGAUACGAGCUAACUUCACAAAUAUUAUUGAAACCACUUUCACUGUAAGUGGUCUAACGCAAGAUUCAUCUUAUGAAUUCCGUAUACUUGCACGGAAUUCUGCUGGUGCUGUUAGUAAUCCAUCAGAGUCAUCAGAUCCAAUUAUUUGCAAAGAUGACAUUGUAGAACCAAGAAUUAUGGUUGAUGUCAAAUUUAAAGAUGUUGUACUUGUCAAAGCUGGAGACGCCUUCAAACUUGAAGCUGAUGUUGCAGGCCAACCAUUACCAUCCAUGGUUUGGACCAAAGACGGAAAAGAUGUUGAAAGCACAUCCAAACUACAAAUUAAAAUGACAGAUCUUACAGCAGGAUUAAUCAACAAGGAUUCUGUUAGAAGGGAUGGUGGUGAAUUUGUUCUGACAGCAACAAAUGUUGGUGGUUUUGCAAAGCAUGUCUUCAAUGUGAAGGUUCUUGAUAGACCAGGACCACCUAGGGGACCUCUGGCAGUUUCAGGUAUUACUGCAGAAAAAUGCACACUCACAUGGAAUCCACCUGAAGAUGAUGGCGGUGCAAACAUUGAACAUUAUAUUAUUGAAAAACGUGAAUCAAGCAGACUUGCUUGGACAGUUGUGGCAUCAGGCUUACAGGUUAACCAGUAUGAAGUAAAAAAAUUGCUUAAAGGAAAUGAAUACAUUUUCAGAGUAAUAGCUGUUAACAAGUAUGGUAUUGGAGAACCUCUAGAGUCUGAGGCAACAAUUGCAGAAAACCCAUAUCUACCACCAAGUCCUCCACAAACACCUGAGAUAACAGCUGUCACCAAGGAUUCAAUGGUCCUCUGUUGGGGGGCACCAUCUAGCAAUGGUGGAAGUGAAAUUACCAGUUAUCGCAUUGAGAAGAGAGAUAGGAUUGGUUUGCGUUGGGUUAAAUGUAACAAAAAGAAUGUUACUGACCUGCAUUUCAAGGUUACUGCCCUCGUCCCAGGCCAUGAAUAUGAAUUCAGAGUUUUUGCAGAAAAUGCAGCAGGAAUAAGUGAACCAAGUCCUUCAUCACCAUUUGUGAAGGCCACAGACGCUCUUUUCAAACCAGGGCCCCCUGGCAACCCAAGAAUCCUGGACACGACAAGUUCUUCCAUCACACUUGCAUGGAACAAACCAGUUUAUGAUGGUGGUUCUGAAAUCACAGGGUACAUUGUUGAGACCUGUCUCCCUGGAAUUGAGGAAGAAGAAUGGACAAUUGUCUCCCCUAAAGAAGGGGUAAAGGGGACAUCGUUUACAAUUACAAAUCUUAAAGAAAAUCAGGAAUACAAAAUCAAUGUGUCAGCUCUAAAUAGUGAGGGUAUUGGAGAAGCAGGAUCUGUUCCUGGGUCACCCAAAGCAGAGGAGAGACUCAUACCUCCAGAAGCUGAUCUUGAUGCUGAACUUCGCAAGAUUAUAAACAUCAGAGCUUGCAAUACACUGAGACUUUUUGUGCCAUUUAGAGGUAGACCAACACCUGAGGCCAAAUGGUCAAGAGAGAAUGAUGAACCUUUGGAUAGAGCUACUAUUGAAACUACAUCUUCCUUUACAUCACUCGUUGUCGGAAAUGUGAAUCGAUUUGACAGUGGCAAAUACAGUUUGACUGUGGAAAACAGCUCUGGAACAAAGACAGUUUCUGUGAUUGUUAGAGUUUUAGACACACCUGGAGCACCACAAAACCUAAAAAUCAGUAAGGUCACUAAAGAAUCUGUGUCACUUGUGUGGGACCCUCCGCUAAAUGAUGGUGGCUCAAAAAUUAAGAAUUAUGUUGUUGAAAAGCGUGAGGCAACCAGAAAGGCAUAUGCUACAGUUAAUGCCCUCUGUCAAAAAACUACUUGCACAAUUGAUCAACUCCAAGAAGGGUGUAACUAUUAUUUCAGAGUUCUUGCAGAAAAUGAAUAUGGCAUUGGUCUUCCUAUUGAGACUGGUGAAUCAGUCAAAGUGUCUGAGAAGCCACUUCCUCCGGGCAAGAUUACACUUCAAGAUGUAACAAAGACAAGUGUCACAUUGUCAUGGGAGAAACCAGAACAUGAUGGAGGAAGUAGAGUGGUUGCAUAUGUUGUUGAGAUGCAAAGUAAAGGCAUUGAGAAAUGGACGCAAGCUGUGAUUGUUAAGGUACCUGAAGCGGUUAUUAAUGGACUUGUACCUGGUGAGGAGUAUAUGUUCCGUGUUUCUGCAAGGAAUGAAAAGGGAACCAGUGAUCCUCGUCAAAUUGGUGUGCCUGUGAUUGCAAAGGACCUUGUAAUUGUUCCAUCUGCUAAGCUGUUGUUCUCAACAUUCAGUGUCCUGGCAGGAGAGGAUUUAACAAUUGAUGUUCCAUAUAUAGCUCGUCCCAAGGCCACCAUUUCAUGGCUGAAGGAAGCAGCUCCACUUAAACGAACAACCAGGGUAAACUUUUCUUCUACCGAUUCACAGCUCAGUCUAGUAAUCAAAGAGGCUUGUAGAGAUGAUGUUGGCCAAUAUAGCAUUAAGCUAUCAAACACAGCUGGUGAGACAACAGUGGAUAUUGGAAUUGUUGUUCUUGACAAACCUGGUCCACCAACAGGCCCUGUUAAAGUUGAAGAUGUAACAUCGGACAGUGUUACUAUUUACUGGAAGCCACCAGAGUAUGAUGGAGGCUGCACAAUUAACAAUUAUAUAGUAGAAAAGAGAGACACAUCCACAACUAAUUGGAAGAUUGUUGCAGCAAAUCUAGCAAGAACUCAAAUUAAAGCAGGAAGACUCAAAACAGGCUCUGAAUAUCAAUUCAGAAUUGCAGCAGAGAACAGAUAUGGCAAAAGCUCUCUCCUUGUGUCUGAAUGUGUUAUUGCACAGUACCCUUACAAACUACCAGGGCCCCCUGGAACACCUUUUAUACAAUCUUCCACAAAGGAUAGUAUGGUGGUGGUGUGGAAUGAACCUGUCAUUGACGGUGGAAGCACCAUUUUAGGAUAUCACCUUGAACGGAAAGAGAGAAAUAGCAUUCUUUGGAUUAAAUUGAACAAAAGUCUAAUCCAAGACACAACUUUCAAGACCACAGGUCUUGAGGAAGGCCUGGAGUAUGAGUUUAGAGUUUAUGCUGAGAACAUUGUUGGUAUUGGGAAGGCUAGCAAAAUCUCAGAAGGCUACAUUGCCAGAGAUCCUUGUGAUCCUCCUGGAACACCUGAAGCAGUUAAGAUAACUAAGAGUUCAAUUACAAUCGAAUGGACCAAGCCAGAGUAUGAUGGUGGAAGCAAAGUCACUGGCUACAUUGUAGAGAAGAAGGAAUUGCCUGAGGGACGAUGGAUAAAAGCAAAUUUCACUAAUGUUAUAGAGACAGAGUAUACUGCAACUGGUCUCACAGAGGAUCAGAAAUACGAGUUCCGUGUCAUUGCAAGAAAUGCUGCUGGAGUCUUCAGUCAUCCUUCAUAUAGCACUGGGCCUAUCGUGGCAAAAGAUGAGAUAGAACCACCACGUAUCAGCAUAAAUCCAGAGUACACUCAGACUAUUUUAGUAAAUGCAGGAGACAACUUUAAGAUUGAUGCAGAUGUUCAUGGAAAACCAGCCCCUACAAUCCACUGGAUGAAGGGUGAGCAGGAACUUGGAAACACUAUACAUCGUGAAAUUAAAAACACAGAGAGCUUUACUUGUCUCACUGUUAAAGAGGCCAAACUUGCUGAUGGAGGUCAAUAUACUCUACUGCUAAGAAAUCCAGGUGGUGAGAAAGUUGUCCAAGUCAAUGUCAGUGUCCUAGAUAAACCUGGACCACCAGAGGGACCUAUCUCCAUCGCUGGUGUUACCAGUGAGCAAUGCUUUCUUGCUUGGAAACCACCUAAACAGGAUGGCGGCAGCAAGAUCACUCAUUAUAUUGUUGAAAAGAGAGAGACUAGCCGACUACUAUGGACUGUGGUUGAGCCCAAAGUACAAGCUGAAAAUCUUAAAGCAACAAAACUCCUAGAAGGAAAUGAAUACAUUUUCAGAGUUUUCCCAGUGAACAAAUUUGGCGUUGGUGAACCACUACAGUCAAGUGCAGUUAUUAUUAAGAACCCAUUCACACCUCCAGAUGCACCAAAAGGAGUGGAAGUCUCUGAAGUCAAGAAAGAUUCAAUGGUCUUAACCUGGGAGGCCCCAACAAAUGAUGGUGGCACACCUAUCACUGGAUAUAUUAUUGAAAAACAUGACAAAGAAGGUGUUAGGUGGACGAGAUGCAACAUGCACACAGUUACUAACCUUACAUUCAAGGUUACUGGACUCCUUGAGAACCACCUUUAUGAAUUCAGAGUCGCUGCUGAAAAUGCUGCUGGGGUUGGUGAGACAAGUUCUGCAACUGUAUUCUAUAAAGCUGUGGAUCCUAUAUUUAAGCCAGGGCCACCAAAUAAUCCAAAACUGAUAGACAUGACUAAAUCAACUGUUAUACUUGCAUGGGGAAAGCCUAUAUAUGAUGGUGGCUGUGAAAUCCAAGGAUAUAUUGUUGAAGCAUGUGAAGUAAAAGCAGCUGUAGAGGGUGUAAAAGCUCCAGAAGAAGGCAAGGCUGUGGAGGAGUCAGCAGUUGUUGAGGAAUGGACAAUGUGUACCCCACCAACAGGUGUUAAACUGACACGCUUUACUGUAGAAAAUUUAAAAGAAAAACAGGAAUAUAAAUUCAGGGUUUGUGCAGUUAACAAGGUUGGUGUUGGGGAUCAAGCUGAUGUUGCUGGGCCCAUUCUGCCAGAGGACAAAAUUGAGGAACCAGAUCUUGAUAUUGAUCCUGAGUUUAGAAAGCUUGUCCGCAUUAAAGCUGGAGGUUCUCUUAGGAUGUUCGUUCCUUUCAGAGGAAGACCAACCCCAAAAAUCAAAUGGGAAAAGGAUGCUGGACAAAUAAAGGAAACGGCACAGAUUGAGACGACCAGCAGUCACACUUAUCUUGUGAUUGAUCAUAUUAACAGAGCAGACAGUGGUAAAUACACUGUGACUGCAGAAAACUCUGCUGGUGCAAAAUCUGAAACUAUUAGUGUCAAAGUCCUUGACACACCAAGUGCUCCACUCCAACUUAAAGUGAAAGAAAUUAAAAAGGAAUCAGUUACUCUUACAUGGGAGCCUCCAUCUAUGGACGGUGGUGCAAAGAUAAAAAAUUACAUUGUUGAGAAGCGUGAGAGCACUAGAAAAGCAUUCUCUGCUGUUGUGACAAACUGCCACAAGGUUUCAUGGAAAAUUGAACCACUUCAAGAGGGCUGCAGUUACUAUUUCAGAGUGCUUGCAGAAAAUGAGCAUGGUGUAGGGUUACCUGCAGAUAUUAUAGAUCCUAUAAAGGUUUCAGAGGUGCCACAGUGUCCUGGAAAAUUAAGUGUUGUAGAUGUUACUAAAACAAGUGUGUCUCUUGCUUGGGAGAAGCCCAUUCAUGAUGGUGGCAGUAGAAUUCUUCAGUAUCUUGUUGAAAUGCAAGUCAAGGGUAAUGAGAAAUGGUCUGGCUGUGCCAAUGUAAAAACAUUAGAAGCUGUGAUUAGUAAUUUGAACCCUGGAGAAGAGUACACUUUUAGAGUAAUUGCUGUCAAUGAAAAAGGAAAGAGUGACCCAAGAACACUUGCUGUCCCAGUGCAAGCAAAGGACCUUGUCUUUGGGCCUGAUGUAAGACCUGCAUUCAGCAGUUACAGUGUUCUUGUUGGAGAAGAUCUCCAAGUUGAAAUUCCAAUUUUUGGACGUCCAAAACCAAAGAUUACAUGGACAAAGGAUGGUGCAGCCCUUAAAUUCACAACAAGGGUUAACAUUUCUAGUACAAUGCACCGUACUAUUCUUAGCAUUAAAGAAGCAGCAAGAGAAGAUGGUGGAAUGUAUGGAAUAAAUGUGUCUAAUACUGUCGGACAGAAAGAUGCCACUAUUGAAAUCAUCCCUCUUGAUAAGCCUGGCCCGCCAACUGGUCCUGUGCGAUUUAAUGAGAUAACUGUGUCAAGUGUUAAAUUGUCAUGGGAUCCUCCUAAGUUUACUGGUGGUUGUCCUAUUUCAAAUUACAUUGUGCAAAAACGAGAUACAACGACCACAACAUGGGAGAAUGUUGCCAUAUCAGUAGCAAGAACAACACUGAAGGUACCGCGACUAAAGACUGGUGCUGAAUAUCAAUUCAGAAUCAUUGCCCAAAACAGGUAUGGCAAGAGUUAUGCUUUGGACUCUUCUGCUGUGGUUGCCCAGUAUCCUUACAGAGAACCAGGACCACCAGGAACUCCUUUUGUGUCAUCCCUAUCCAAGGACCAUAUGAUUGUUGAAUGGCAUGAACCAGUUUCAGAUGGAGGUAGCAACGUUAUUGCAUACCAUCUUGAGAGGAAGGAGAGAAACAGCAUUAUUUGGACAAAGAUAAACAAGACAUUAAUCCAAGAAACAAGAUUCAAAACCUUUCCUUUAGAAGAGGGUGUUGAAUAUGAGUUCAGAGUUUAUGCUGAAAAUAUUGUUGGCAUUGGCAGAUGUAGUAAAAUCUCUGAGGGCUUUGUUGCACGUGAUCCAUGUGAUCCGCCUGGAACCCCAGAAUCUAUCCAUGUCAGUAAGACUUCCAUAACCAUCCAGUGGACAAAACCAGAGUAUGAUGGUGGAAGUGUUAUCACUGGUUAUACUGUGGAGAAACGUGAUCUCCCAGAGGGGCGCUGGAUGAAAGCAAGCUUCACAAAUGUCAUUGAAACCAAUUUUACUGUCACCAGCUUAACAGAAGGUGCCAAGUACGACUUCAGGGUAAUUGCAAAAAAUGCAGCUGGCACUAUCAGCAAACCAUCUUAUAACAGUGGACCUAUUGCUGCAUUAGAUGAGGUAGAGCCACCAAAGUUCUCAAUUGACCCAGAAUACACACAAGCACUUAUUGUGAAUGCUGGAGAUGCAUUUAAGCUUGAUGCUGACGUCUACGGUAAGCCAGUUCCCACAAUACAGUGGUUUAUGAAUGAGAGGGAGCUUGACAACACACUUAGAUGUGACAUCAAGAAUACUGAUAAUAGAGCAUUUAUCAUGGUAAAAGAUGCAACCAGACAAGAUGGUGGAAACUACACUCUUCAGAUCACUAAUAUUGCUGGCUCACAAACUGUUCCGUUCCAAGUGAAAGUGCUUGAUAAGCCAGGUCCUCCAGAGGGGCCUCUUCAUGUCACAGGUGUCUCCAGCAAUAAAUGCACUCUAUCUUGGCAUGCUCCACAAGACGAUGGAGGAAACACCAUCACUCAUUACAUUAUUGAGAGACGUGAGACAAGUCGCCUUGCUUGGACUGUGGUCAGUAAUGACUGUAGAACAACAGUAUACAAAGUGACAAAGCUCCUGGAAGGUAAUGAAUAUAUAUUCCGUGUCAUGGCUGCCAACAGUUACGGUGUUGGUGAGCCACUUACCACACCAUCCAUAAUUAUGAAAGAUCCAUUUGGUCACCCUGGAUCACCACAAAUUAUUGAGGUAACAAAUAUAGCGAGGGAUUCUAUGACUGUUUGUUGGAAUGCACCAGAUACUGAUGGUGGAAGUGAAAUUCUUGGUUACAUCAUUGAGAAAAGAGACAGAUCUGGAAUUAAAUGGACAAGAUGCAACAGACAGAAAGUCACAGAUGUAUGUUUCAGAGUGCAAGGGCUAAUUGAGGAUCAUGAAUAUGAAUUUAGAGUAUCUGCUGAAAAUGCAGCUGGAAUUGGAGAGCCAAGCUUGCCAACUUCAUACUACAAGGCUUGUGAUCCCAAAUACAAACCCGGCCCACCCGUGAAUGCACAUGUUAUUGAUACAACAAAGUCUUCGAUUACAGUGGCAUGGGGAAAACCCCUUAAUGAUGGUGGAUGUGAACUUCAGGGAUAUAUUGUUGAGAUCUGCAAAGCUGAAGAGGAGGAAUGGGUUAUGUGCACCCCCCCUACUGGCUUACGUGUUAACAAAUUUGAAAUUACAAAGUUAACAGAACAGCAUGAAUAUAAGAUUCAAAUAUGUGCCAUCAAUAAAAUGGGUGUUGGAGAACCCUCUGCUAUUCCAGGUACUGCCAAACCUGAGGACAAGCUAGAAGUCUCUGAAAUUCACCUUGAUUCAGAGCUGAGAAAAGGCAUUGUUGUUCGUGCUGGAGGAUCAGUUAGAAUUAAUGUACCGUUUAAAGGUAGGCCAAUACCAAAUGUGAAAUGGACUAAAGAUGAAGGUGAGCUGUCAGAAAAGACUGUGGUUGAAAAAGGUCUUAACUUCACCCAGCUAUCAAUCGACUCCUGUGAUAGAAGGGACUCUGGAAAAUACGCUGUAACUUUGGAGAACAGCAGUGGCUCUGUAUCUGAUUUUGUUAUAGUCAAAGUGUUAGAUACUCCUGGAGCCCCACUGAACCUUGUUGUUAAAGAUAUCAAGACAGACUCUGUCACUCUUGUUUGGGAACCACCACUUAUUGAUGGAGGUGCAAAGAUCAAGAAUUAUGUUGUUGACAAGCGUGAAUCCACAAGAAAGGCUUAUGCAAAUGUAACAGCCAAGUGCAGCAAUACAACUUAUAAGGUGGAAAAUCUUGCAGAAGGGGCCAUGUAUUACUUCAGAGUAAUGGCUGAAAAUGAAUAUGGUGUUGGUUUACCAGUAGAAACAAAGACUGCUUCAAAGGCCUCUGAAGUACCUCAGCCAGUUGGGAAGGUAAUGUUGACUGAUGUGACUAAAGGAAGCGCAUCACUGGCCUGGGAAAAACCAGAGCAUGAUGGUGGCAGUAGGAUUGGUGGCUAUUUGAUUGAAAUGCAGCCAAAAGGAACUGACAAAUGGGGUGUAGCAACAAACGUGAAGACAUGUGAAGGAACUGUCACUGGACUUACUGCUGGUCAGGAAUAUAUGUUCCGUGUUCUGGCAUACAAUGAGAAAGGAAAAAGUGAACCAAAGCCCCUUGCUGCUCCUGUUAUUGCCAAUGACCUCACAAUUGAGCCAAGCUUUAAGUUGCAGUUCAAUACAUAUAGUAUCAAAGCUGGAGCUGAUUUCAAACUUGAAAUACCAAUUUUUGGACGUCCAAAACCAAAGAUCGCCUGGACAAAGGAUGAGCAGUCACUUAAAGUAACAUCCAGAGUUACUACUACAAACACAUCAACAUCUACAAUCCUACAAAUUACUGAAGCCUGUAAGGAUGACCUUGGAAAGUAUGCAGUUGCAGCAACUAACAGUGUUUGUGCAGUUACAGAAGAUAUUGGCAUCAUAAUCCUUGAUAAACCUGGUCCACCCACAGGACCAGUAAAAGUAAAUGAAGUCAGCAAUAACUCUGUUUCCAUCUCAUGGGAACCACCAGAGUAUACAGGAGGCUGCCAAGUAAAGCAUUAUAUUGUUGAAAAGCGAGACACUACUGAAACAACUUGGCAGGUUGUUGCUGGCUCAGUUGCAAGGACUUCUCUGAAAAUUACCAAGUUAAAAACAGGUGCUGAGUAUCAAUUUAGAGUCAUUGCUGAAAACAGAUAUGGUAAAGGUUCUCCCUUGGACUCAAAGUCAAUUGUUGUACAGUAUCCUUACAAAACCCCUGGGCCUCCUGGAACACCAAAUGUGAAGUCUGCCACUAAGGACCAAAUGGUAAUUGAGUGGAAUGAGCCAGUUAAUGAUGGUGGUAGCUCAGUAAUUGGUUACCACAUUGAGAACAAAGAAAGAACAAGUAUUUUAUGGACAAAAUUAAACAAAACUCUUAUCACUGAUACCACAUUCAAGAUAUGCAAUCUUGAAGAAGGCAUUGGAUAUGAAUUUAGGGUAUAUGCAGAAAACAUUGUUGGUAUUGGCAGAGCAAGCAAAGUUUCAGACAGCUUUGUUGCCCGUGACCCAUGUGAUCCACCAGGUACUCCUGAGGCUGUGGCCAUAUCAAAGAACUACAUUACGAUUCAGUGGACAAAGCCUCAAUAUGAUGGUGGCAGCAAAGUGACUGGAUAUAUUGUUGAAAGGAGAGACUUGCCUGAGGGCCGAUGGAUGAGGGCAAACUUUACAAAUGUAAUUGAAACAGAAUUUACAAUUACAGGCUUGACAGUAGGUAGUCAGUAUGAAUUUAGAGUAAUUGCAAGAAAUGCAGCUGGUGUCUUCAGUGAGUCUUCUGACAGCACUGGACCAAUUACUGCUACAGACGAAAUCGAACCUCCUAACGUUUCAAUGGAUCCCAAGUACAACGAUGUUAUUGUUGUCAAUGCUGGAGACCAUUUAGUUUUGGAUGCAGAUAUCCAUGGAAAACCCACACCUGAUAUCCAGUGGCUAAAAGAAGGAAAAGAAAUGCUUAAGACACUGCGCAUUGAAGUAAAAAGUACCCAGAAAUAUGCUUCUAUUACAAUCAAAGACUGUACAAGAUUAGAUAGUGGACAUUAUGAUCUUGUAUUGAGUAACAGUGGUGGAACAAAAACAGUUCCAAUAACAGUAAAAGUUCUUGACAGACCAGGUCCACCAACUGGACCAUUGCGUAUAACUGGUGUCAUGUCUGAUAAAUGUAACCUGUUCUGGUCGGAGCCCUCUCAGAAUGGUGGUGCCAAUAUCUCUCAUUAUAUUCUUGAGAAAAGGGAAACUAGCAGGCUGUCAUGGACCGUUGUUGAUUCCAACAUUCCAACUGUGAGUUAUAAGGUGACAAAACUUCUGCCAGGUGAUGAGUAUAUCUUUAGAGUUAUGGCUGUCAACAAAUAUGGAGUCGGUGAACCAUCGGAAUCUGAGGCAGUUAUUGCACGCAAUCCAUAUAAGCCCCCAAGUGCACCAUCAACACCGGAGGCAAGAGAGACAACAAAGGAUUCAAUGACUUUAUCAUGGAAUGCACCUGAGAGUGAUGGUGGAACAGAAAUUACAGGUUAUCACUUGGAGAAGCGUGAUAAAGAUGGUGUGAGGUGGACAAAAUGCAACCGACAGAAGUUGACUGAUUUGUACUUCAAAGUAACCGGCCUGUCAGAGGGACAUUUCUAUGAGUUCCGUGUUGCUGCUGAGAAUGAAGCAGGUAUGGGAGAAUUUAGUGAUUUGUCUCUGUUUUAUAGAGCAAUCAAUGCCACAACUCCACCAGGUCCACCUCAUCAUCCUAAAGUGACCAAUCACACAAGCUCAUCUAUAUCUUUAUCUUGGAGAAAACCUUCUACUGAUGGUGGAUCAUAUGUUAAAGGUUACAUUGUUGAGAUGAAAGAAGUUUCUUCAGAGGACUGGAUCAUAUGCACACCUCCAGCUGGUAUACAAGCAACAUGCCUCACAGUUGAAAACCUGAAGGAGAAUGCGGAGUAUAACUUCAGAGUCUGUGCAAUAAAUUCUGAAGGAGUUGGUGAACCUGCUGAUGUUCAUGGCUCAGUGACUGCAUCUGAAAAAAUUGAAGCACCUGAGAUUGAACUUGAUGCUGACCUCAGAAAGGUUGUCUCUGUCCGUGCAGGGGGAUCCCUUCGCCUUUUCAUUACAAUUCGAGGUAGACCUGAGCCAUCUAUCAAAUGGGAAAAGGAGGAUGGAGCUCUAACCGAACGUGCCCAGAUCGAGUCCACAGGUUCAUAUACCAUGCUUGUAAUUGAUCAUGUCAAUAGAUUUGACAGUGGUAAAUAUGUCUUGACUCUUGAAAAUAAGAGUGGAACAAAAUCUGCAUUUGUCAAUGUCAGGGUGCUUGACACACCAAGUGCUCCACAGAAGUUUGAAGUGAAAGAUGUCAAGAAAGACUCAGUGUCUCUCUGUUGGGAGCCACCCCUUACAGAUGGUGGAGUUAAAAUAACUAAUUACGUUGUUGAGAAGCGAGAAUCUACAAGGAAGGCUUAUACAACUGUCACAAGCAACUGCACAAAAACCUUCUUUAAAGCUGAUGAAUUGCAGGAGGGAGGCAUUUUCUACUUCCGUGUGUGUGCUGUUAAUGAGUAUGGCUUUGGUAUGAUGGCAGAGACAAAAAGUCCUAUUAAGGUAGCACAGCCGCCUAAGCCCCCAGGAAAAGUAAAUCUUGUGGAUGUCACAAAGAAUAGUGUGACACUUUGUUGGGUGAAGCCUGUCCAUGACGGAGGCAGCAAAAUAAUCUGCUACAACGUAGAGAUGCAACACAAGGGCAGUGACAAAUGGGGUGUAAGCUGCACAGUUAAGGUCCCAGAGGCCACUGUAAGCAACCUCACGCCUAAUGAAACAUACUCAUUUAGAGUUAUUGCACUAAAUGAGAAAGGCAAGAGUGAGCCCCAAGAACUUGGCGUGCCUGUUGUAGCUAAAGAUAUUGAAAUUGAACCCUCAGUCCAUCUGCUGUUCAAUACUUUUAGUGUUAAAGCUGGAGAUGACCUUACCGUGGAAGUUCCUGUAAGAGGCAGACCUAAGCCAGUUGUCUCAUGGAAGAAGGAUGGCCUUCUUCUGAGGCAAACAACCUCUCUUUCAAUCAUCAACACUCUAGUGUCAAGCAAAAUUGUAAUCAAAGAAGCUGCCAUUGAGCAUGUUGGUAAAUAUGAACUCACACUUGCUAAUACAGCAGGCACCAUCUCCACCGAUAUCGCUGUUGUUGUCCUGGAUAAACCAAGUCCGCCAGCUUCAGUAAAAGUUGAUGCUGUGACUUCUGACAGUAUUACAUUGUCAUGGACCCCACCAGAGUAUGAUGGUGGAUGCUCAAUUAACAAUUACAUUGUGGAGAAGAGAGAUACCAAUACAACAGAGUGGCAGAUUGUUUCAACAAAUGUUGCCAGAACAUCAAUUAAGGUUCCUAGAUUGACACAAGGUUCUGAGUACCAGUUCCGUAUCUAUGCAGUGAACCGUUAUGGAAAGAGUAAGCCAAUUGACUCGCCGGGCAUUACUGCAGAGUACACAUUCAAACAGCCUGGCCCACCUUCAACACCACGUGUAGCUCAUGCCACCAAAGUCUUCAUGUUGGUUACAUGGAAUGAACCUGUUAAUGAUGGUGGUAGCACAGUCCUUGGAUAUCAUUUGGAACGCAAGGAAAGAACCAGUAUUCUAUGGACAAAAGUGAACAGAACACUCAUCAAGGACACUGAAUUUAAAGUAACUGGUAUUGAAGAAGGCAUGAUGUAUGAGUUUAGGGUCUAUGCUGAAAACAUUGCUGGAAUUGGCAAGGCAAGCAAAGCCAGUGAGGCCAUAGCUGCACGAGAUCCUUGUGAUCCUCCUGGUCAGCCAGUGGUAACUAGCAUUACCAAGUCUUCUGUAUCUCUUUCUUGGGAAAAGCCUGAGUAUGAUGGUGGUGCCAAAGUUACUGGUUAUACAAUUGAACGUAGAGAUCUUCCACAGGGGCGCUGGGUAAGAUGCAAUUUUACCAAUGUUGCAGAGACCUACUUUGAUGUUACUAGCCUGACGCUUGAUGAGCAAUAUGAUUUCCGUGUCAUUGCAAAGAACGCUGCUGGACUAUUCAGUGUGCCAUCUGAUAACACUGGUCCUAUUACAGUUAAAGAUAAUGUUGAUCCACCACGCAUUAUGAUGGAUGUCAAACUCCGAGAUGUUGUGGUAGUAAAAGCAGGGGAAACCCUGAAGAUUAAUGCUGAUAUUGCUGGACGCCCACUUCCAGUGGCAUCUUGGUCAAAGAAUGAACAUGAAAUCGAACAGAAGGCAAGAAUUCAGAUAACUGGAACAGAUACUAAUACUAUGAUAGUAAUUAAAGACUGCAAGAGAAGUGAUUCUGGACAAUACGCCUUGACAUUACAAAAUGUGGCAGGAAGUGUCACAACACCAGUAAAUUGUGUUAUUCUUGAUAAACCAGGGCCUUCCGCAGGUCCAUUGUCUGUUACAGGCCUCACAGCAGAGAAGUGUACAUUGUCAUGGGGACCACCUCAAGAAAUUGGUGGUGCUGAAAUAACACAUUAUGUUGUUGAGAAAAGAGAGACCAGCCGACUGGCAUGGACACUUGUACACGGAGAGGUCAAAACUACAACUUUCAAGGUCACUAAACUGCUGAAAGGAAAUGAGUAUAUAUUCAGAGUUAUGGCUGUCAACAAGUUUGGACUUGGUGAAGCACUCGAAAGUGAAAUUGUAAAAGUUACUGAUCCAUUCACCAUCCCAGCAGCUCCGACUAAUGUUGAAAUCAUAAGUGUGACCAGUGAGUCAAUGACUAUUACUUGGGCAAAGCCUUGUUCUGAUGGAGGCAGUGAGAUCCUUGGAUACAUAAUUGAAAGGCGAGAGAAAUCUGGUCUUCACUGGGUCCGUUUAAACAGAGAGCUUGUGACAGACUUAACAGCUGAGAUAUCAAAAGUAAGAAGAGGAUGUGAAUAUGAAUUUAGAGUUUAUGCUGAAAAUGUAGCAGGUUUGAGUCCAGCCAGUGAUCUGUCUGCUUCAGCACGUGCUGAAGAUGAACUUCUAGUACCAUCCCCACCAACUAAACCUAAGAUUCUGGACUAUACAAAGAAUUCAAUUACUAUUGCCUGGAAAAAGCCUUCAUCUGAUGGUGGUGCAACAAUUCUUGGAUACAGUGUAGAAUAUAAGAAAUCAGAGGACGAGGAGUGGGUUGUGGCUAUUCAAAUGACAAAGAGCAACGAAUUCACUGUUUCUGGUCUUACACCUGAUGCAGAGUAUGUGUUUGCUGUUAAAGCAAUAAACAAAAUUGGUGUAAGCAAACAGUCACCUAUUUCCGAGCCACAGGCAGCAACAGAGAGAAAAGAGGAGCCUGUGUUUGAUGUUGACAUUGAAAUGCGAAAGACUUUAAUUGUCAAGCAUGGCAAUUCAUUUACUCUGACAGCACCAUUUAAGGGAAAGCCAGUACCUUCCGUUACAUGGAGUAAAGAGGAUGUGGAUCUUAAAGCAAGAGCAAGCGUUGAAACAACUAAAAACUGCACAUCUAUUACUAUUGAGAAAGCAACAAGAAAUGACUCUGGACAAUACAUUGUUAAUUUGGACAAUGGUGUUGGAACUGCAUCUCUGCCAAUGGUAGUCAAAGUCCUUGAUUCCCCUGGAUCACCAACUAAUGUAAAGAUUACAGAAGUCACAAAAGAUUCUGUUACAGUUACUUGGGAAGCUCCAGAAAAUGAUGGAGGAGAUGCUGUCAAAGCUUACCAUGUUGAGAAACGUGAAGCCAGCAAAAAGGCCUGGGUAUGCGUAACCAGCAACUGUCACAGUUUGACAUACAAAGUUGAAGACUUACAAGAAGGGGCAAUCUACUACUUCCGAGUUAUUGGAGAAAAUGAGUUUGGUGUUGGCGUACCUACUGAAACUAAAGAUGGAACCAAGAUUACAGAAAAACCAAGUCCACCUGAUAGACUUGGUGUUACUGCAGUCACAAAGGAUAGUGUGACCAUAGCAUGGUCAAAACCAGAACACGAUGGUGGAAGCCGUAUUACCAGUUACCUAAUUGAUGCCCUUGAAAAGGGCCAAAAGAAAUGGGUUAAAUGUGCUACUGUAAAAACUAACACCCACACCAUUAAGGGCUUGAGAGAAAAUGGAGAAUACUUCUUUAGAGUUCGUGCUGAGAAUCAUGCUGGACUCAGUGAACCAAAAGAAAUGAUCAUCCCUGUGGUUGUAAAAGAUCAGCUGGAUGCACCGGAGUUUGAUAUGAAGAACUUCCCACACAACACUGUUUAUGUGAGAGCAGGAUCGAAUCUUAAUUUUGAACUUCCUCUCACUGGCAGACCAAUGCCAAAGGUCACAAUGGCGAGAGGUAAUGUUCCAGUUAGGUGCGGAAAGCGAUUUAGCUUUGAAGUAAGACCUGAUAGUCUUAAUAUCGUCCUUAAGGAGAGUAUUGCAAGUGAUGCUGGAAGAUAUGACAUUGUUGCCUCAAACACAAGUGGAACAACCAAGAUGUUUGUAAACAUCCUGGUCCUAGAUAGACCAGGACCUCCAGUCAGUCCUGUAGAAGUUAGUGAUGUGGGAGAGACAAGCUUGUGUCUCAAAUGGCUCCCACCUUUGUAUGAUGGUGGCAGUCCUGUUACCAACUAUGUUGUUCUUAAACGUGAAACAAGUACUCCAACAUGGACAGAGGUGUCAUCCACAAUUGCCAGAAAUGCUAUUAAAGUAACCAAACUGACAAAGGGAGAAGAAUGCCAGUUCAGGGUAAAAGCUGAGAAUCGCUUUGGCAUCAGCGACCACAUUGAUUCCCAGGCAGUUACAGUAAAGCUUCCAUACACUAUCCCUGGACCACCAUCAACACCAUGGGUUAGCUUUGUAUCAAGGGAAAGCCUUACUAUAUGCUGGCAUGAGCCUGUGGUAGAUGGAGGAAACCCUGUCUUUGGAUACCACGUGCAAAUGAAAGAAAGAAGCAGCAUCCUUUGGCAGAAGGUGAACAAAACAGCAAUCCCUGCAACUCAAAUUAGAGUGUCAAAUAUAUGUCCUGGAAUGAUUUACGAGUUCAAGACAGCUGCAGAAAAUGCAGCUGGCAUUGGAAAGUUCAGCAAAACUUCAGAAGAAGUACUAGCAAUUGACGCUUGUGAACCACCGGCAAAUGUGAGAAUCUCUGAAGUUACCAAAAAUUCAGUUAGCCUUGUUUGGCAGAAGCCUCCAUUUGAUGGCGGAAGUAAAAUCACUGGGUAUAUAGUUGAACGAAGAGAUGCUCCAAAUGGCAGGUGGACAAAGGCAAACUACACCAAUGUCAUUGAUACAAACUUCACUGUGUCAGGCCUGACACAGGAUCAGUCAUAUGAAUUCAGGAUCUUUGCGAAAAACACAGUUGGCUCUAUGAGCAACCCAUCUCUGAUUGCAGGACCAGCAACUUGUGUUGACAUUUCUGGUGCUCCAGUUAUUGACCUUCCUCCGGAGUACUUGGAUGUUGUGCAAUACAAAGCUGGUGCAUCAGUUAAGAUCAAAGUGGGAAUAACUGCUAAACCCUUGCCAGCUAUUGAAUGGCUUAAAGAUGGAAAGGAAUUAGUGUCAAGUGCACAGCUGUCAAUUGAGAACACAACUGAUUCAUCCGCCAUCCUCAUUAAGGAUUCUACUCGUCUCAAUACUGGAACCUAUGAAAUCAAAAUCAAGAAUGUGUUUGGCACAGCAUCUGCUUCUAUUAGAAUACAAAUUUUAGACAAACCUGGACCUCCAGCUGGGCAGAUCGAAUUCAAAUCAGUCACUGCUGACAAGAUAACAAUAGCAUGGGAGCCAGUGGCCAAUGAUGGAGGUUCCAAAGUAACUCAUUAUACUGUAGAAAAACGAGAGACGAGUAGAGUAGUUUGGUCCACAGUCUCUGAAGCAAUGGAACAACGUACAGUCACUGUACAAAAAUUGGCCAGAGGAAAUGAAUAUGUCUUCCGUGUGAGAGGUGUUAAUAAAUUUGGAGCUGGAGAUCCUCUGGAAUCUGAGCCUGUUAUUUCCAAAAAUGCAUUUGUUACUCCGGGACAACCUUCCACACCAACAGCAACAGAUAUCACCAGAACAUCUAUGCAGAUUGUUUGGGAUAAACCUGGUGUUGAUGGUGGUAGCAUGGUUACAGGCUACUAUUUAGAGAAACGUGAUAAGAAGAGUCUACGCUGGGUGAAGGUGUUUAAAGACCCCAUUGCUGACGCCAAAGCAAAGGUCCAUCAUCUUACAGAAGGAAAUGAAUAUCAGUAUCGUGUAUGUGCAAUUAAUAAGGCUGGAGAAGGUCCACACUCAGAUGUUUCAGAUUUCUACAAAGCUGCUGAUCCAGUUGACCCACCAUAUGAACCAACUAAGCUGAAGGUUGUUGACUCAACUAAAACAUCAAUCACACUUGGAUGGUCAAAACCAGAAUAUGAUGGAGGCAGUGAAAUCAUCAGCUAUGUUGUUGAGAAAAAAAUUGGUGAAGAGGGGGAAUGGACAGUAAUUAGCCAUAAGGGAGAAGUAAGAACAACAGAGUAUGUUGCUUCAGAUCUUAAACCAGAUGUUGACUACUACUUCCGUGUAUCUGCUGUCAAUUGUGCUGGAAGAGGAGAUCCAAUAGAAAUGGAGGAACCAGUCCAAGCCAAGGAUAUUCUUGAGGAAGCCCAGGUUGACACUGAUAUUGCAAUGAGAACUCACUACAUUGUGAAAGCUGGUAAAGAUGUUGAAAUUAUGGUCCCGCUUAAAGGCCGACCUGCUCCAAGUGUCUCUUGGAAGAAAGAAGACCAAAGCAUUGAUAAUGAUCCAAAAUAUGUCAUUCAUAACACAGACACUUCGUCAUGUCUUCUCAUGACACAAGUAACUAGAAACGACACUGGUAAAUAUACCAUUCACGUAUCGAAUGGUGUAGGGGAACCAAAGACUUUAACAGUGUCUGUUAAAGUACAGGACACCCCAGCUGCUUGUAGAAAUCUGGUCUUGAAAGACGUUACUCGUGGGAAAGUUACACUUUGCUGGGAGCCCCCUCUACAGGAUGGUGGAGCAGAAAUCACCAAUUAUGUUUUUGAGAAGAGAGAUUCAUCAAAGCGUACAUAUACUUGUGUGACAAAUAAAUGUAAAGAGACUACAUAUGUAAUUGAGGAGCUCUCUGAGAAGACAUCCUUCUUCUUCCGUGUAUUAGCAGAAAAUGAAAAUGGAAUUGGAGAUCCAUGUGAAACAGCAGAGCCAGUUAAAGCCACUGAGACACCAGGUCCAAUCAAAAACUUUGCUAUGAAAGAUUCCACGAAAACAUCAGUAACACUACAGUGGAACAAACCAGAUUAUGAUGGUGGUAGCAUUAUUACAGACUACAUCAUUGAGAAGAAACAAGGUCAAGAGGAAUGGGCUCCUGCUGGCACAAGCAAACACUGUGAAUUUGAAAUAAAAAAACUAAAGGAACUCACUGAAAUGUUUUUCAGAGUUUGUUCAAAGAAUGAGAAAGGUAAUAGUGACUUUACUGAAAUCGGGCCACUUAAAGUGAAGGACUACAUUAUUCCACCAGAAGCUUACCUUGAUGAUUACCCUGAUGGCCAAAUUAGUGUGCGCUUAGGACACAAUGUUCACAUCGAAUUGCCGUAUAGAGGUAAACCAAGGCCAACUAUUAUUUGGUUAAAGGACAACUUGCCACUAAAGGAGAGUGAAAAAGUCCGCUUUAAGAAGACUGAGAACAAGGCCAUAUUAAUGAUAAAGAAUGUGGAGAAAGAGAAUGGUGGUAAAUACACACUUACUCUUGACAACAAAUUCUCCAGAAAAUCAUUCCAUAUACAGGUUAUUACCCUUGGACCACCCUCUAAACCUAUUGGACCCAUCCGUUUGGAUGAGGUCAGAGCAGAAAGUAUAACAAUAUCGUGGGAUGAACCAAAUGAUGAUGGAGGUGGAGAAAUGUCCUGCUAUACAGUGGAAAAACGUAACACCUCUCAAACAGACUGGAAGAUGGCUUGUUCAAGUGUAAUUGGAACUACAUUUAAGGUACCUAAUCUGAUUAAGGGAACUCAAUAUCAGUUCAGAGUUUAUGCAGAGAACAGAUAUGGUGCAAGUGAACCUUUAGUUUCACAAAAUGUCAUUGCCAAGCAUGAGCUCCGACCACCAGGCCCACCAGGCAUGCCAGUAGUUUACAAUAUCACAAAUGAUGGGAUGACUAUACAGUGGGAUGCACCCAUUUUUGAUGGAGGUUGUCCAAUUCUUGGCUACCAUGUUGAAAAGAAAGAGAAGAACAGCAUAAUGUGGCAAAAGGUCAACACAAUCUUGGUGAAAGAACAGGAGUUCAGGGUCCUUGGUCUCAUUGAAGGUCUGGAGUACCAGUUCAGAGUCUAUGCACAGAAUGAUUCUGGAUACAGUCGCAUGAGUGAUGCAAGCAAACUCAAUAUGGCUGUUUCUCCAGUUGAUCCUCCUGGUACCCCUGACUAUGUUGAUGUGACAAGUGAAUCAGUUAAACUCAAGUGGGAAGCACCCAAGCGGGAUGGUGGAAGCAAAAUUGUUGCUUACAAUGUGGAGAAACGGCAGGGCAAGGGACGGUGGUUAAAGAGCAACUUUUCAAAUGUCACUGACACCGAAUUUGUAGUGACUGGUCUCGCUUGUGGUGAACGCUAUGAGUUUAGAGUCAUAGCAAGAAAUGCUAUUGGCACAGUGAGCCCACCCUCUCAGUCAUCUGGAUAUGUAGUAAUAAGAGAUGAAAGUUUUGCUCCAAACAUUGAGUUUGGCCAGGAGUACUUUGAGGGAGUCUCUGUUAAAGCAGGGGAAAACAUCAGACUCAAAGUAACAAUUACUGGAAGACCAACACCAAAGGUUGCCUGGUUCAGAGAUGGUACUGAAUUAACCAAGAAAAUGGUUGACAUCACAACAAUUUCUGGGUCAAGCAUCCUCUUUAUCAGAGAUGCUGACCGUAGUCACCGUGGUAUUUACACUGUGGAAGCCACAAAUCCCUCAGGAACUAAGAAGGAAGCAAUGAAAGUUGAUGUUUUUGAUACACCGGGAGAACCUGUAGGACCAGUCAUGUUCUCAGAUAUCUCUGAAGGCAAAGUUACACUUUCAUGGAAUCCACCUGAGAAUGAUGGCUGUUCUGAGGUCACACAUUACAUUGUUGAGAAGCGUGAAACCUCUAAAAUUUCAUGGGCUCUUGUUACGGAUGAGUGCCUGAAAUGCACAUACAAUGCCACCAAGCUGAUCAAGACCAAUGAGUACCAGUUCCGUGUUUCUGCGGUCAAUAGGUUUGGUGUUAGUAGACCACUGGAAUCUGCUCCUGUGAUUGCACAGCUGCAAUACACUGUUCCAGAUUCCCCUGGAACUCCUGAUGCAACAGAUGUUGAUGGAGAGAGUAUCACAAUCAACUGGGCUCCUCCAACACAUGAUGGUGGAAACCCAAUUAAAUAUUACAUUGUGGAAAGACGUGAAAAGAAGACUGGUCGUUGGCUGAAGGUCUUAACAAGAAAACCCAUUGUUGAGGCUGCACACAGAGUUACUCAUCUCACUGAGAAUGUGGAGUAUGAAUUCCGUGUGUAUGCUGUGAAUGAUGCUGGAACUGGAAUACCAAGCAACAUUUCACUACCAAUUAAAUGUGCAGAGCCAACUGAAACACCAGAUGCCCCAUCUAUUGUAAAUGUCACUGACACUACAAAUACAUCUGUUAGCUUGGAGUGGACCAGACCUGCUUAUGAUGGUGGUAUGGAAGUCCAUGGCUACAUUAUUGAGAUGUGCAAGGGAUCUGAAGAGACAAGGAACAGAGUCAAUGAAGAUCUUUGUGCUGUUACUAAAUAUACAGUCACUGGUUUGGAAACUGGUGCAGAGUACAAGUUCCGUAUUUGUGCAGUCAAUUCUGUUGGAAAGGGUGAAGCCAAAGAGAUAUCUGAGCCAGUACAAGCUGUAGAUAGACUAUUGGCACCAGAAAUUGAUAUUGAUGCAACCUUCAAACAGACACAUAUUGUGAAGAGUGGAGGAAGUGUUUGUCUCCGUAUUGGCUUUAAGGGAAAGCCAACACCCACAGCUUCCUGGACAAAAGUAGAUGGAGAACUUGGUGUUAUGGCAGAUGUUACCAUCACUGAAACAUUCACAGCUUUAAUGUUGGAGAACUGCACUAGAAAUGAUACUGGCAAGUACACUCUCACACUUGAGAACAGUAGUGGCAGUAAAUCUAUCACUGUAACAGUUAAAGUAUUGGAUACACCUGGAAUGCCCAGCACUCUCUCCAUCAAGGAAGUUACAAGAGGUGCUCUCUCACUUGUUUGGGAACCUCCUAUUAAUGAUGGUGGCGCACGUGUUCAUCAUUACGUUGUUGAGAAGCGUGAGGCCAGCCGUCGUACAUGGACAGAGGCAGCACCCAAGACCAGUAAAACAAGCUUGAGGAUCUCUGAUCUCCUGGAAGGUGUACCUUAUUUCUUCAAAGUCAUGGCUGAGAAUCAAUAUGGUCUUGGUGAGGCGUAUGAAAUGCCUGAUCCAAUUGUUGCCACAGCUGAACCCGCUGCACCAAAGAGAGUUGAUAUCAUUGACACCACCGACACAACAGCAACCUUGGCCUGGCUCAAGCCAGAGCAUGAUGGAGGAAGUCGUAUCAUAGGCUACUGUGUUGAAUCAAAGGCUAAAGGCACAGAUAAAUGGGUUGUUUGUGGCACAACGAAAAACUUAACCCUUGUUAUUGAAGGCCUUAUUGAGAAUUCUGAGUAUGAAUUCCAUGUCAAGGCUAAGAAUGAUGCUGGGUUCAGUUCGCCAAGAGAAGCCUUCUCCUCAGUCAUCAUCAAAGAGCCACGAAUUGAACCUACUGCAGAUCUCAGUGGCAUCACCAACCAACUUAUUACUUGCAGGAUUGGUGACUCAUUCGAGAUUGAUGUUCCAAUUAGUGGCAGACCUGCUCCAAAGGUAAUCUGGAAGCUUGAAGAGAUGAGGCUAAAAGAAACUGACAGGGUAUCAAUUAAGACUACCAAAACCAGAACGAUUCUCACUCUUAAAGAAAGUAUGAGGGGUGAUGGAGGCAGUUAUUUCCUUACUCUAGAAAAUGUCACUGGAUCAAAGACCUUCACUGUUAAUGUCAAUGUCAUUGGCAGACCAAGCCCUCCAGAGGGCCUUAUUGAGAUUUCUUCAAUUACAUCAGAGUCAUGUGUACUGACAUGGAAUCCACCUGAGGAUGAUGGUGGAACGGACAUCACAAACUACAUUGUUGAGAAGCGUGAAUCUGGCUCCACUGCCUGGCAGCUUAUCAACUCAAGUGUAAAGCAUACUUCACUCAAUGUUUCACAUCUGACCAAAUACAUGCAGUACACUUUCCGCAUCUGUGCUGAAAACCGAUUUGGUGUGAGCAAACCAACAGAAUCUGAGACGAUUGUUGCGGAGCAUCCAUUUGUUCCUCCAGGUCCUCCAACGAAGCCAGAAGUGUUCUCUGUAACAGCCAACAGCAUGAGUAUUCGUUGGGAGGAACCAUACCAUGAUGGUGGCAGCAAGGUUUCUGGAUACUGGAUUGAAAAGAAGGAGCGUAAUACAAUUCUCUGGGUGAGAGAAAACAAGAUACCAUGCUUUGAAUGCUACUACAAGGUGGAAGGUCUUGUUGAGGGUCUUGAAUACCAGUUCAGAGUGUAUGCAAUGAACAGUGCUGGCCUCAGCAAACCAAGUGAAGCAUCAAAAAGAGCUGUGGCACAAAAUCCAGUUGAUCCUCCAGGAAAAUCUGAAGUUACGGGUGUAUCAAGAUCCACAGUCUCAAUUAAAUGGUCUGUGCCUCUGAAUGAUGGUGGAAGCCCAAUCACAGGCUACAUUGUUGAGAGAAAGCCAUAUACUCUAACUGGAGAGGGUCGUUGGCUCAAGUGCAACUACACUAAUGUUACUGACACAAAUUUCACUGUCACUGCACUGGGAGAAGGAGAGGAAUAUGAAUUCCGUGUCAUUGCCAAAAAUGCUAAUGGAGUGCUCAGCACACCAUCACUUUCAACAGGACCUGUCACCUGCAAAGCAGAAUACAGUCCUCCUAAAGCAGAGUUGGACAGCAAACUCCUUGUGGACACAGUCACAAUCAGAGCUGGAUCUGAUCUGGUACUUGAUGCUGCUGUUGGUGGUAAACCUGAACCAAAGGUUUCCUGGGCCAAGGGUACACAAGAGCUAGAGCUGUGCGAGAAAUACUCUCUCCAGUACUCUAGUACCCGUGCACUGGCAAUCAUCAAGUUCUGUGACAGAGAUGACACUGGAAAGUAUGUUUUGACAGUAAAGAAUGCAAGUGGCACCAAAACCGCUGAGGUCAAUGUUAAAGUACUUGAUACACCUGGGCCUUGUCAGGAGAUCACAGUCAGCAAUGUAUCUAAGGACAAAUGCACAGUGUCUUGGAAAGAGCCACUAGAAGAUGGAGGUGACACCAUCACACAUUACACUGUUGAAAGAAGGGACACCAACAGACUAAACUGGGUUAUCAUGGAGGCUGAAUGCAAAGCCCUAACAUGCAACAGCACAAGGCUUUUCAAGAACAAUGAAUAUAUUUUCCGUGUGAGGGGUGUGAACAAGUAUGGAGCUGGUGUGGCAGUACAGUCUAACCCCAUCAUUGCCAGAAACUCAUUCACUGUCCCAUUACCUCCUGGAGCACCAGAAAUCCUUGUAGUUGGAAAAGACUUUGCAACGAUCGAAUGGAUGAAACCUGAGAGCGAUGGUGGCAGUGAAGUCACAAACUACUUAAUUGAGAUGCGUGAAAGAAAGAGCGUAAGAUGGAUCAAGGUUAACAGAGAUACUCUUCUCAAGGACACGUCCUUCAAAGUCACUGGUCUUCAUGAAGGCAACAUUUACCAGUUCCGUAUUACAGCCAUGAAUGCAGCUGGUGAUAGUGAACCGAGUGAAGUGUCAAUGUAUGCAGUAUGUAGAGAACCAACAGGCACUCCAGAUGCUCCCUCAAUUCCACGUGUUACAGACACGCACCAUGACAGCAUUAGUCUUGCCUGGACACGACCUGUUGAAGAUGGUGGAGCUGAUGUUAUUGGUUACAUUUUUGAGAUGCAAGAAGUUGGUUCAGAAGAAUGGACAAAAGUGCAUGAAAAGAAUCUCAGGGUGACUGAACACACUGUUACAGGCCUUGCUGCUGGCAAGAAAUACUGUUUCAGAGUUGCAGCAGUCAAUGUAAACGGAACGGGUGACUUCAGUGAACCAUGUGCAGAGACAGAGCCAGUAGAAAGAAUUGAAAUCCCUGACCUUGAGCUGCCUGAUGAUCUGCUGAAGACAAUAUGCCUGAGAGCAGGAAGUUCCCUGCGCCUCCAUGUAACUGUUACUGGAAGACCAAUACCAACUAUCACUUGGAGCAAGCCUGAUGUGGAUCUCCAAAAUCGUGGCUUUAUUGAAGUCACUAAUACUGCCACAACUCUCAUUAUUGAUAAAGUACACCGCUACGAUGCUGGUAGAUAUACAGUUGAAGCCUCAAAUUCAGCUGGAAAGAAGGAUGCAAGCAUUCUUGUCAAAAUCUAUGAUACGCCUGGUCCACCUGGUCCUAUUAAAAUGAAAGAACUUACAAAGGAUUCCGCCCUUAUUACUUGGGAUGCACCGGAGGUUGAUGGUGGAGCACCUGUUAACAAUUAUGUCAUUGAAAGGCGAGAAGCAUCAAUGAGAGCAUACAAAUCUGUUACAUCUAAAUGCAGCAAGACGUCAUACAAAAUUACUGGUCUGGCAGAGGGAAUGAUGUAUUACUUCAGAGUCUUACCAGAAAAUAUAUAUGGUGUUGGUGAACCUUGCGAGACAAGUGAUGUUGUUUUGGUGUGUGAAGUCCCACUGCCACCAGCCAAGCUUGAAGUUGUAGAUGUUACCAAGUCCAGUGUGUCACUUGCAUGGGAGAAACCUUUACAUGAUGGAGGCAGCAGAAUCAUAGCCUACAUUGUUGAGGCUUGUAAGGCUGGUACUGACAAGUGGAUGAAGGUGACUACUUUGAAACUUACAGACUUUGAGUUCACUAUCGUAUCACUGAAUGAAAAUGAGCAGUACCUCUUCAGGGUACGUGCCGUUAACAGCAGAGGUCCUGGUGAGCCAAAAGAAAUUGUGACCGCUGUUGCAGUUCAAGAACAAAGAGUUAUGCCAAAGAUUGACCUAUCGACUAUUCCACAAAAGAUGAUCAGUGUUUUGGCAGGCAAACCUCUUGAGCUUGACCUUCCAAUCAUAGGAAGACCACCACCAGUUUGCUCUUGGUUCUUCAAUGACAAUAGAGUAAAAAUACAGGAGCGUGUUAAGAUCAAGUCAACUGCAAAAUCCUCAAAAAUAACUAUUCUAAACACCACCAUUGAUGACAGUGGAGUGUAUACUCUUGAAGUAAAAAACGUUACAGGAGUGACAACUGAAAACAUCAAAGUCAUCAUUCUUGAUAAACCCGAUGAACCGCAAGGACCCAUUCGAUUUGAUGAAAUUGAUGCAGUCGCAGUCACAAUAAGCUGGGAUCCGCCUAGAAGAGAUGGUGGUGCCCCAGUCUCUAACUAUGUCGUUGAACAACGUGAUGCUCAUCGACCAGGAUGGGUGCCUGUGUCUGAAUCAGUUAGCAGACCAACAUUCAAGUUUGAUAGAUUGACAGAGGGCGAUGAAUAUGUGUUCCGUGUUGCAGCAACCAAUCGAUAUGGCACUGGGGAGUACUUGCAGUCAGAAAUUGUAAUGUGCAAGAGCUCCAAAUCUAUUCCGGGACCACCUGGCAGACCUAUCAUCUUUGAUGUCUCACGUGAUGGCAUGACUGUUGCCUGGGAGCCGCCAGAUGAGGAUGGAGGAUUGGAGGUGUCUGGCUAUAUUAUUGAACGCAAGGAGGUCAGAUCUGAUAGGUGGAUUCGUGCCAAUAAAAAUCCAGUGACAAUGACAAGAUACAGAUCCACUGGUUUGAUUGAAGGCUUGGAAUAUGAGCACAGGGUGACAGCAAUCAAUGCUCGUGGUGUUGGCAAACCCAGUCUUCUUUCUAAAGCAGCAGUAGCAACUGAUCCAGUUGAUCCACCUGGAUCACCUCAAAACCCAAGAGUCACAGAUACCACAAAAUCUUCUGUGUCUUUGGCCUGGAGUCCUCCAGAUGAAGAGGGUGGUGCUAAGGUUACAGGCUAUUUAAUUGAGCUGCAAAAGGUUGGUUCAGUAACCUGGAUAAAGUGCAACACCACACCAUCUCUGAUCUGCGAAUAUACAUUGACACAAAUGCCACAAGGAGAGGAAUUCAAAUUCCGUGUCAUGGCUUGCAAUGCUGGAGGACCAGGAGAACCAGCUGAAGUACCAGGAGUUGUGACCAUAACAGAGAUGCUUGAUCCUCCAAAUUAUGAUCUUGAGGCAAAAUACAAAGAUGUUCUCGUUGUAAGAUCUGGAGGAGUCAUCAAACUUUCAGUGCCUAUUAAAGGCAAACCUACUCCUACCUGCAAAUGGACCAAGGAUGGAGCAGAGGUGACGAACCGUGCAAUGCUUGCCUCCAAUGAGGACGGAACUGAGCUUGUAAUUAAAGAUGCUGAAAAGUCUGAUUCUGGCAUUUACAAUCUCCAACUGGAAAACAAAUGUGGCAAAAAGAUGGUGUCUAUCAAGGUUAAGGUUAUUGGCCGCUCAUCUGCACCCGAAGGCCCUCUUGGAAUUGAUGAUAUUCAAGCACAUUCUGUAAGACUUAGCUGGAAACCUCCAAAAGAUGAUGGUGCCUCUGAAAUUAUAGGCUACAUUGUGGAGAGACGUGAAGUAUCAAAAGCAGCUUGGUACACUGUUGACUCUCGAGUGGUUGACACAUCCUUUGUGGUUAAAGGAUUACAAGAAAAUGUUGAAUACCACUUUAAGGUGACUGCAGAGAACCAGUUUGGAAUCAGCAACUCUCUGAAAUCAAUGGAACCAGUUGUACCAAAGACUCCAAUUUGUGUACCAGAGCCUUCAGGUACUCCACCAGAAAUCAUGGAUGUUACUAAGAGCUCUGCUGCUCUGGCUUGGACUAAACCCAAAGAUGAUGGUGGAUCUCGCAUUACUGGUUACUUCAUUGAGUACAAAGAAGUGUCAUCCGAUAAGUGGAUUCGUCAUGAGACAAAGAUUACCUCAAUAAUGUACACCCUCAGUGGACUCACUACUGAUGCUGAGUAUCAGUUCCGUGUUAUUGUCGUGAAUGAGAUUGGACAGAGUGAACCAGGACCGGCAUCAGACUCAGUAAUAUGCAAAGAUCCAUUUGAUAAACCAAGCCAGCCAGGAGAAAUUGAUGUUGUGACUGUAACCAAAGACUACAUUACAAUUCACUGGGAGGCUCCAGAGUGUGAUGGUGGAAAACCAGUCCUUGGUUACUGGAUUGAAUACAGAAAGUCUGGAGAGAGCGCUUGGAAGAAAUGCAAUAAGGAGCGCACAAAGGACAAAGAGAACACCCAGGGCGCUCUACAAGAGGCAACAGAAUAUGAAUUUAGAGUAUUUGCUGAAAAUGAAACCGGAAUCAGCAGGCCACGCAGAACAGCAACUGCCAUCAAAACUAAACUGGGCAUUGGAGCUAAACCAGCUCUUAGAAAAGAGAUGGAUGAAGUGACUGCCAAACUUGGACAGACUGCAACUCUCAAAUGCCAGAUCAUUGGAAGGCCUGUUCCAGAAAUUAAAUGGUACAAGGGUGGAAAGGAAAUCAAAGAAGGUCGCAAAUAUGCCGCAACCUCUGAUGGCCGCAACCAUACGCUGACCGUUUCAACAGAUCAACAGGAAGAUGAGGGUCUGUACACAUGCAAGGCUGUAAAUGAAGCCGGUGAAUGUGAGACCAGUGGAACUCUGGUUCUUGAAGCAGCACCACAGUUCCCAGUGCCACUUAAAGACAAAUAUUUUGCAACAUGUGGUAGCACAGUGCGCAUUCAUGCUGUUUACAUUGGCCGACCUCAGCCUAAGAUCAUGUGGCUUUAUGGAGCCAAAGCUCUGGAGCCCUCUGAGAAUGUCAUAAUUGAAAAUACAGAGCAUUACACUCAUUUGAUUCUCAAGAAUGUACAGCGCAGAGUACAUGGAGGGAAGUACAGAAUCAGGAUCAACAACCACUUCGGGUCUGCUGAUACUGUAACUCAAGUUGAAAUCUUAGAUAAACCUGCUGUGCCAGAAGGUCCGCUUGUUCUUGAUGCUCUGUUGAAGAAUUCUGUGAUCAUUAGCUGGAAAGCUCCUAAAGAUGAUGGAGGAUCUAUGAUCACAAAUUAUAUUGUAGAAAAACGUGAAGACAAGGAAAACGCAGAGUGGGAACUUGUAUCAUCAUCCAUCACAGGCACUUCAUGCAGAAUUCCAAACCUUGUUGAAAAUGAGGGAUACUACUUCCGUGUUUCAGCACAAAACCGCUAUGGUAACAGUGACUUACUUGAGACUCCUUCUGCUAUCCUCAUCAAGAGUCAGCUAGAGAGACCAGGAGCUCCACUGAAGCCAGUAGUCUCUGGACUCACCAAAAACUCCUGUGUUGUCUCUUGGAAACCACCCCUCAGUGAUGGAGGCUCUAAAAUUAAGAACUACUGUCUUGAAAAACGGGAUAAAAAGAAGGGUGAAUGGGCUCUGGUUACAACAGAUGAAAUCCACCAGACCGUUUAUUCUGUCAAGGGUCUAACCGAAGGAGUAGAGCAUGAGUUCCGGGUAAAAUGCGAAAACCUUGGAGGACAAAGUGAUUACAGUGAAGUGUCUGACCCUGUCAUUCCUAAGACCGACAUUGAAAUACGGGCCCCUGCCUUCAAGGAAGAUCUCAGAAACAUGAGUGUGAAAUUCAAAAGCAAUGCAACAUUCGUCUGCAAGAUAACAGGACAACCCAAGCCUGUGAUAAAAUGGUUCAAGCGUGGUAAAGAAAUUCAGGCUGAUAGCACCACAAUCAAGAUCCAAGAAUUUAAGGGUGGCUACCAUCAGCUUGUUAUUGCUGACUGUGAUGCAGAAGACUCAACUGUAUAUCAGAUCAGAGCAACAAACCAGGGUGGAUCUAUUUCUGCUACUGUUUCUCUAGAUGUUGAAGUCCCUGCUAAGAUUCACCUACCCAAGAAUCUACAAGGAAAGGAGGCUAUCCCUGCCCUUCGUGGUGAAGUAGUAAACAUUAAGAUUCCAUUCAGUGGAAAACCAGAUCCAGUUAUUACCUGGCAAAAAGGACAAGACCUUAUUGAUAACAAUGGACACUAUCAAGUAAUCGUCACAAGAUCAUUUACAUCUCUUGUAUUCGUGAAUGGAGUUGAACGGAAUGAUGCUGGUUUCUAUAUUGUAUGUGCCAAAAACAGAUUUGGAAUUGACCAGCAAAGAGUCGAGCUCGAUGUUGCAGAUGUACCUGAUCCACCACGUGGCAUCACAGCCAGUGAUGUCUCAAGAGAUUCUGCAACACUUCACUGGUUAGCACCUGCCAAUGAUGGUGGCAGUAGAGUCACAAACUAUAUCAUAGAAAAGUGUGCCACCACAGCAGAAAGGUGGAUUCGUGUUGGUCAGUCUCGUGACACCCACUACACUGUUGUCAAUCUGUUUGGAAAAACCAGUUAUCAGUUCCGUGUCAUAGCUGAAAAUAAAUUUGGUCAGAGUGCACCAUCUGAGCCAAGUGGACCUGUUGUGACAAAGGAGGAUAAAUCAAGAGUUCUCAACUAUGAUGAGGAAGUAGAUGACACCAGACCUGUUUCCAAGAGCAAAGCUCCUCAUUCAGAGGCUACAAAUCUUCACAACAAGUACAUGAUUGCUGAAGAGCUUGGCCGUGGACAGUUUGGUAUUGUGCACAGGUGUAUUGAGACCAGCUCUGAGAAGACUUAUAUGGCUAAGUUUGUUAAAGUAAGAGGUGCAGAUCAGGCACUUGUAAAGAAAGAAAUUGCAACGUUGAAUGUGGCUCGCCACAAGAACUUUUUGUUACUCCAUGAGUCAUUUGACAGCCCUGAAGAGCUAGUCAUGAUUUAUGAGUUCAUAUCUGGUGUAGACGUAUUUGAGCGCCUUGGUACAGCCAACUUUGAGCUCAAUGAGCGUGCAAUUGUUAGCUACAUCAGACAAGUGUGUGAGGCUCUUGAAUUCCUCCACAGCAAAAGUUAUGGCCACUUUGACAUCAGGCCUGAAAAUAUAGUGUAUACCACAAGAAGAGGAACUAAUGUCAAGAUCAUUGAGCUUGGACAAGCAAGACACCUUACACCCGGGGAGCAGAUUAAAAUUCAGUACACAACAGCUGAGUUUGCAGCACCAGAAAUACAUCAAAAUGAGAUGGUUAGCACUGUAACAGAUAUGUGGUCCAUUGGUGUUCUUGUUUAUGUACUUCUCAGUGGACUUAAUCCAUUUGCUGCUGAAACUAAUCAGCAAAUGAUUGAGAGCAUUUCAAAUGCUGAGUACAGUUUUGACGAUGAAUCCUUCAAGGACGUAAGUGUUGAGGCAUUAGACUUUGUGGAUCGUCUCCUUACCAAAGAGCGUAAACAUCGCAUGACUGCUGCUGAGGCUUUGAAUCAUCCUUGGCUGACAAUGAACACAGAAGAGCUAAGUACUAAGUCAAUCACAAUUACACGUCAUAAGAGAUAUUACCAAGCCAUGGUGAAGAAAGAAUGGAACACUGUUGUCUCAUCUGCUCGUGUUGCCAAUGGUGGUGCUAUCAGAGGUCAGAGAGGAGUAACAGCUGCUAAAGUGAAGAUUGCACCAUUUGAAAAUGGUCCAGUUGCAGGACAGAUUAAACACAGUCUUGCAGAUGAAGACGAUGACAUUAAAUUCAUUUGUAACAUUGACAAUUAUGAUAGCAGUACUGAAGUAACAUGGUACUGUGGAGUAAGACAAUUAGAAGAAAGUUCCAGAUACGAAAUUACUUAUGAAGAUGGGCUUGCUACCAUAACUAUCAAGGGAAUCAUCAGAACAGAUGAUGGAACAUACAGAUGUAAGGUUGUCAAUGAGUAUGGUGAGGACAGUGCCUAUGCUGAGCUCUUUGUCAAAGGGGUAAGAUCCUACCGUGAGUUUUUCACUUCACGUGUGGUAAAGAAAGUAAAACGCAGAGUUGACACAACAAGAUUACUCCAAAGACCUCCUGAAUUUACCUUGCCAUUGUGCAACCGCACAGCUUACAUUGGAGAAGAUGUGCGCUUUGGUGUCACCAUCACAGUACAUCCUGAACCUCGUGUGAUGUGGUUGAAAACUGGUCAAAAGAUUGUACCAGGAGAUGAUGACAAGAAAUACACUUUUGUCACUGACAAGGGCUUGUAUCAGUUAGUGAUUCAUAAUCUCGAUCCAGAUGACGAUGCAGAAUACACUGUUGUGGCAAGAAAUAGAUUUGGUGAGGACAGCUGCAAAGCUCGUCUCACAGUGAUUCCUCGUCCUGCUCCUGCUGAUAAUACUCUGAGACCUAUGUUCAAACGUCUCCUCGCGAAUCUGGGAUGCAGAGAAGGCCAGAGUGUACGUUUUGAAAUGCGUGUGUCAGGCCAUCCUUCAUUGAAAUGGGAGAAAGAUGGCAUGCCUUUGGCAUUUGGUCCACAAAUUGAAGUUGUCCAUGAAGGCUUGGAUUACUAUGUCCUGCAUGUAAGAGAUACUCUUCCUGAGGAUUCUGGCAUAUACAGAGUCAUCGCAACUAAUUCAGCUGGAUCUGCAAGUUGCCAAUCCACACUCAAGGUUGAACGGUUGACACAUGUAAAGAAGGAGAUUGAGAGUGCGGAAGAAAAGAAGAAAAAGCCAGAUUAUGAUCAGCAGGAAAUGGACAAGAAAGUGAGACUAACUCAGAUUCUUGCUGGAGCAGAUGUUACCCCACUUACUCCAGUAGCACAGCAAGCACUAAGAGAAGCUGCAACUAUGUUCAAGCCAGCAAUCACUACUAACAAAGGAAAAAGUGAAGCUGAAGAAGCCAAAGAGAAAGAGGAGAAAAGGAAGAGGGCAGAGGAAAAGAGAUUAAGAAUGCCAUAUGUUGUUCCUCCACCCCGUGUUGUUGCUCCUACUGCUCUUGAGGAGGACAUGGAAAUCAAACACUUUGUGCCAUUCUCUGAUUUGAAGUGGUACAAGAAGCUUCGUGAUCAGUAUGAGUUCCCAGAGCCAAUGGAAAAGUUCCCUCAGAAAAGACUUAAACGUAUCCGGCUCUCGAGGUGGGAUCAGUUCUAUGAGGUACCCCUGCCAAGAAUUAAAGAUCAAUACAAGCCCAGAUGGCAUAUUCCAUCAGUUUCCCAGGAUGACCUUGAGACUGUAAGACCAGCAAGACAUCGCACACCUUCUCCAGAACUGGAGGCAUACUACAGAAUUAGGAGACGUUCUCUUGGAGACCUUUCUGAUGAGGAACUGCUUCUUCCAGUAAAUGAAUACCUGUCAAUGAAGAGAACAGAAGAGGAAAGGCUUAAACUGGAGGAUGAACUUGAAUUAGGCUACUCUGCUUCCCCACCAAGUCUCAGCCCUGUACGCUUCGAACUCUCUGCAUUGCAACAUCCAUCACCCAAGAGAGCUGCAUAUGAUGAGGAGGAAGGAGAGGAAAUUCCAACAUAUGACUCCUAUCGUAUUCCCUCUAAAUAUGAGGCUGGUCCAAGCUAUGUUGACUUGCGUCAGCGUCACGAUAGGGCAACAUACAGACCUCCAAGACAAAAGCAAAGACUAUAUGAAGAAAAAGAGGAUCAAGAACUGCUUAGAUCAGUAUCUACCACCACAAGAUUGACAUCCUAUAAGACCCGACUGCAGCAAAUAGAAUUCGAGGAAAAAACAAAGGGAAAAAGAAAAGAGAAAACAAGAGUUUCAGUACCAGCAAUAAGUGAGGGAGCAGCAACUGAAAUACCUACUUCAUUUUCUUCUGGAUAUGUUAAAGUGACUCGUGCUAAGUCUGAAAAGCUUUCUGCAGCUGUGGUUGAGAAAGAGGUGGUGAGUGUCAGAACAUCUUCCCUGGAAAAGGCACGUCCACAUUCCCCCAGCCUUGAUUCAUCUGAAAAAGCCUCUACACAAGACCUGUCAGUAAAGGUUGAUUAUAUGUCAAGGUACGAGUCAAAAAAGAAAGCUUUAAAAACAGACAGGAAGUUUGAAAUUGUGAGCCAGCAGCCUUUUAGCCUUGAUCAUGCUCCCCGAGUGACUGUAAGAAUGCGCUCACACCGUGUGCCAGUUGGUCAAAACACCAAAUUUACUCUAAAUGUUCAAUCUAAACCAGAAGCACAGAUUAAAUGGUACCACAAUGGACAGCAGAUUGAAGAAAGCAGAAAGUACCGCUUGUUCAACAUGAGUGGAGUUUUGUCUCUUCAAAUCAUUGACUGUCAGGAAGAGGACAGCGGCACCUACCGUGUUGUCAGCUCAAACGCAAAGGGAGAGGCUUCUGACUAUGCCACUCUCGAUGUUUCUGAAGGUGCAUUUUCUGCAUAUGCCUCACAGCGCAAAGAUGAGGAGCCACCAACACCCUUUGUCCCUGAGAUGACAAAAACAGAUGUUUUUCAUGUUUCUACAAAAGCCGCAACUGCAUUAGAAACGGUAGUUUCAGAAAAAGUGGCAGUAUCGGAAACUAAAAGUGAGACAAAGGAGACAGUUGUUAAGGAGUAUGCAACAUCUGAGAUCAAGCUUGAAGCUAUGGAAGUGACCAGAGUUGAGGAAGUUGUGGUUGAGAAAACAUCUGAGACAAGACUUGAAGCUACAGAAGUAACAACAGUAGAGGAAGUGGUGGUUGAGAAAAAGAAGCCAACUCUUCCAGCUACAAUUUUGACUAAACCACAGUCCGUCACAGUAUCAGAGGGAGAAUCAGUCAAAUUCACAUGUGAUGUUGAUGGUGAACCCGCACCCACUGUAACAUGGCAACGAGAGGGACGAGUACUUGUGUCAUCUCAUCGUCACCAUAUUACCUCGGUAGAAUAUAAAUCCACUUUUGAGAUUAGCCAAGUUGAAAUGUCGGAUGGAGGUUAUUACACUGUAGUGGUGGAGAACCCUGAAGGUAAACAGGAGGUACAAUUCAGUCUGACUGUUCGUAAACCAACACCUGUGCAAAAAGUGGUUGCUUCACCUCCAAGAGUGAAGUCUCCAGAGUCUCCCCGUAUAAAAUCACCGAUGGGAAUCAGGUCUCCACUGAGAAUGAAAUCACCUGAGCCAAUCAAAUCUCCACAGAGAGUAAAGUCUCCACCCACAGUAAAGUCACCUACUCCAAAAGAAAAGACAUCCAAACCGAUUUUCUCAUCAGAACUGAAAGACAUCUCAGCUUCCACAGAUUCUAUUAUAAAGCUCACAGUGAAAAUUACUGGUGAGCCUAAACCAGUUAUCAACUGGAUGAAGGAUGGCAAGAUUCUCUCUCAGGGUGGAAAAUAUGAAAUCUUUGAAGAGGAUGGUUUGGCACAUCUUGAAAUCUACGACUCGGAUGUCACCGACAGUGGAGUAUACACAUGUGCAGCCAAAAACAUUGCUGGCUCAGUUACUACAAACAGCACCGUUACCGUUAAAGCACAAACAGCAGCAGUUGCAAUGGAAACAAAAGCAGAGCUGACAGAUCAAAUUGUGAAAAAGGAAAUUGCCUAUGAGGAGGAGCAGUCCUUUAGAGAAAUUAAAGCAUCCAAAACCCAAAUGACAAUGACUAAAGGUCAGACUGUCACACUACGAGCAAGCAUCCCAGGGGCCUCUGAUGUGAAAUGGAUCCUGAAUGGACUUGAGCUUUCAAGUUCAGAAAACUACAGAUACGGCUUGUCAAGCAAUGAUCACACAUUGACAAUUAAAAGUGUCAGCCACCACGACCAGGGAAUUCUCACUUGUGAGGCCAAAACUGAACACGGUGUGGUGAAGUGCCAGUUUGACAUGACCAUCAGUGAAAUGCAUUUUGAUGCACCAAGCUUCCUUGUGCAACCACGCUCUCAGAAUGUUAAUGAGGGACAAGAUGUCACAUUCUCAUGUGAAAUCACUGGUGAACCAUCACCUGAAGUUGAGUGGCUCAAGGAUAAUGCAGUGAUUUUGAUUACAUCAAACAUGAAAUUAAGCCGCUCAAAGAAUGUGUACAAACUUGAGAUUCACAAUGCUGCCAUUGAAGACAGUGGAAAAUAUACAAUUAAAGCAAAGAACAAAUUUGGACAGUGCUCCGCAACAGCAUCACUAAAUGUCCUCACUCUAAUUGAGGAACCUGCCAAAAUGAUAAUUAUGGAGAAAAGCUCUGAUGUUACCAGCAUGCAGGGCAGCUUCUCUGCCAAGCAUGUCGAAUCAAAAAUGCAAGAGACAUCCUUCACCAGCACCAGCAUGUCUGAUGUUAAAUUUGAGAGCAUGUCAGCAUCUAGCAUGUCCUCCAUGUCGUCUGAAGCGAUGAUGGCUAUGAGCUCUAGCAGUAUAAUGGCUAUGAGUACCAGCAGUAUGAUGGCAAUGUCCAGUCACUCGCAUGUUGAGGGGUCAUCUAUCAGAGCAAUUUCUCAUGGCCUCAAAGGUACACCACCAAAGAUCGAAGCUGCCCCUGAAAAUAUCAGUAUCGAGUCCGGAAAGAUCCUGACUGUAGCAUGUGCUUUCACUGGAGACCCAACGCCAUGCGUAGAAUGGUUACAUUCAGGGAAAACACUGUCCAGCACGGAGGAGAGCGGAAGGUUCCGGAUCAAAAAUUCUCAGGAUCUCACCACUCUUGUUAUAAGUGGCGUGAAAGAGACUGAUGCUGGAGCAUACACCUUGAAACUUUCUAAUGAGUUUGGAUUAGAUUUCACUACUGUUAAUGUCAGCAUUCGAUCUAUGUAAAAAAUUAUAUAAUACUAAUUCAACCCUCACCCCAUUUCCCUCAUUCAACAUCUUUCUAUUUAUAGAAUGAGAAAAAAGACCUAGAUGUCUGUUCUUGUAAAUAUUAAGUAUUUUUAUACCAAACUUGACAUUAAUUUAUGCCAAACUAGACUGAAGUCUAAAGUUGUUAUGAAAUGUGCCAUAUUGGAUAAUUAUGACCAGAGGUUCUGCACCAUUUUGUGACAUGUACAUAAUGUAUAUAGCCGAAAUGACCGGUUAUGGAAAAUGUAUGCAUUGUUAUUUAUGACAAACAAAUGGAACUAAAUGUUUAACAGGAGAAAGUUUCGCACGAAACGAAUACCCUGUUAAACCUGAAACGAAACGAAACUAUGUGCCUCAACAGUAAGUUGAAGUCUUAAGAUUGCCUCAACGGGUAGAGAGGCUCCCUGUUGAAGUUUUACUAAAAUCUGUGAGACAAAGUUAUGCACUGUGCAUCUGUGCGUGCAGUAAUGCAGUACACAAGAAUUUAUGACUUGAACAUAAGACCUUGAAUGUUGUUUGCAUUUACCCUCAUGUAAGCAAGAUGACUAGGCCUUGUGCUCAGACUGACGAAGUCAUACCGCUAAUUUAAUGACAUGCUCAAUGUGCGAGCGGCCUGCACAAUGAGCUCAUGAUAAUGUUUGUGCACGGUUUCUGACAAAGGACCGUUUGAAUUCUGAUUUUAUGAAAGUAACAUCACCUGACCAUUCAUUGUAAAAUCAAUUCAAGUGCUUCUCUGCAGAAGCUGUGCCAACUCUUGGAGGAUUGCUAGGUUAUAUUUUGUGUGUUUGUGUGUGUGUGUUAGCAUUAGAAUCUCACUUUGUAGUAGUCAGGGUAUUCAUCCAGCAACGUACCACAGAGCCUUCAUGUGCUAUACAAAGAACAAAAAGUAUAUGAAUGUAAUACCCUGCACAUUGAAUUAUUACAACUAAUUUAUGUAGUAUUACCCAUAUAUUCAGCCUCCUUGAGUUUUAUGAAUUAUUGUUUUAAUAAAGCAUGUUUUCAGCACCAUAAAAUGUUUGUGCGGUUGAUGUUAUUUCAUAUUAAAUAUACACAGCACAUUACAUCUAUGUUAUACAUCACGAAGAAACAGACUUUAGGAGUUGAAAAUUAAACAU